AGAAGCGCGCAGUUGCAGAAAGGAGAGCGGUUGCCAAGGCAGCCACCAAUCUCCCCUCCCCCUUCUCCCUCCGUUCCUCUUUCCCGUUUAUUAUCGGCAGAGGUCGCAUGGCAGAGGGAAGUCCAACCACUUCUGUACUGGAACCAAUGCAAGAAUAUGCGCCUCCAUAACAAAGCCUGUAUGGAGUCCUGAGAGCGGUGGGAAAACGCAGACUGCACACGUAUGGGCUGCCGUUCAGUCGGUUAAAAAUACUUUAUAAUAAGAGGAUCUAAGUUGGUGGUUUGCUUAUUUAUUUUUUCCUGAAUCAACGGGAUAGUUUUGCCAACACGUGCGUCUCUUCAUGAAAAUUGUUCUUCCCGCUUUGAGUGAGUGAGUGAGUGUUUGGCAUCCCGAGGAGGACUGCGCAUCACCAGAGUUGCUGCUGAAGUUCGGACGCUGACGGAUGUGAGGGAAGAGAGUACCGAGUCAAACUCCACCACUUGUAUCUUUGUUUUGUCUUCACUCUCUCCUGCUUCGGCGUUGUUGUGUUUGCUAAGACAAUAGUGAGUCAAAGACGCUGAAAGUGAUUUCAUGCCUUCAGUCCCGCACAACCUGAGAUGGACGUGAGAUUUUAUCCUGCGCCCCCGGCUAAUGUGGGUUCAUGCUCCCUACCAACUGACCCAAGUUGUCUGAGCUCGUUGGACUAUUACCACUCUAACAAGGUAAAAACAAAAAAACAAACAAACAAACAAAAAAAACCCAAUGUGUAUUCAUGCAAUGAAAUGCUUCAUGUCUCACCUGUCUGUAUAUGCGCCUGCAACAUUUACGCAAUGCUUUGGAUGCGUUUUAUCCACGGGCGCACACUUGCUCCAAACACGCAGCUGCACUCUUAAAAGGAAAAAAGCCAAAUGUCAGCAAGUCAAGUGACCUGAGCUGCUUUUAAUUUAGUCGAGAGUGGGAUGCAGGAUUUGUAUUUACUGUUGGUUAAAAGUGAAACCUGCAAUCAUUCUAUUUUGUUGUUGAAAGAAACGUGUAGUCCAACUUUUCCUCUUCUUGCCAACAUGCUUAUUAUGUUAUUUCCCCGGUGAACUCGUGCAGUUGUGUUUUUGCACAAAGCUGGCAUUAAGUGUCCGACCCGAUGUGGAAUACCAGGGGCUGUAUAGAAUCCAUACUGCCCCACUCUGCUUUCUGCUCCAACAUUAUCUUCCCUCUCAAUGAUUUCUCAUAGCCUACAUGCUUUUCCGCUGGGAGUUCAGCGAUUAAAUGGAUGUGUGCCAGUAAUGUACUGUUAAUUACUUUGUAAGGAGAAACCACAAAGUCUGCCCGGUACAAGUGAUCACUCUUUUCUCUCUCACUCUCUCAGUUUUGGCACCCCGCAGCUUUUUGGCUUGUGACCUGAUCUGACUCUGUUGCAAAUGCGCAGGUGGCAUUCAGAACAACAAAAUAAAUUGUAGUUUGACAUUUUCCUAGAAAUCAAAUUAAUCACUAUACCCUGUGACAAACAAGCUGUGUUUGGUAAUCCUGUUAUAAGAACCUAAGGGACAGGGAAACACAGAGAUCUUUGGAUGUUUUCAAUUUGGCUUGUCAUAGUGGAUUAAAACACAAUCACACAGAAAAAGUACAAACAAGAACUAAAAGUGUCAAAAAUACAAGAUAACCAUAUUAAACGGGCAUAAAAUUGCUAACAUGAGUACUUCACCUAUCUGUAAUCACAGAAUCAGACCAUGCUAUGUUCACUUACCGUAGCUGUGGUGUUACAAAUCAACAGGCUCUGGAUGUUGACCUGCUGUAGAUGGACUUGUAGUGAGAUAGAGAUGUUUUGAAGUUCUUGUGCUCACUUUAAUCUGAUAAAUUUGACUCUCAGGUUUUAGAGUGGGGGGAAUAUUGUUUGUGGGAAGUUUGACUUUCACUGUGUGGGCAAUGGAAAUUCUUAAUCAAAGGACGGAACAUUCCAGUGAUCAACUGACAAAACAUCUCCCAGUCUGAAGAACACAAUUUGGCAACUAAAGUCUUCGUUAAGGUGACACUGUGUGUCAACUGUGAAAGACGGACGACAUAAUUGAUUUAGGUAACAGCUGGAAUAGUGUCCAUAUAAAACAUUUAAUGGCGAGGCUGGUUUGCACCUGUGACACACAAAUAGGCUCAUAUAACUAUCUCCUCUGCACUAUCUUUUUUGUAGGUCAGAUGAAUUAGGAUCAUCCUCCAAUGGGGAUAAUCCCAAGAAUAUGCUGAUAUCCACACACUGCAUGAACUCUGGAAACAAAGCCACAAGAUAUGAAAAGAUGUAAGUGCUUUCACAAGGGAGAAAGUGGCAUCAAGUGCUGUCACUGACAAUAGAGAAGUGUGGCAUCGCUCAAAAUUACAAGUGUUCAUUUGAAUUAUUGAACCCAACCCCUCCCCCCCAGAAUCCCUUUGCUUGAGGGAGCUCUUUCCACUGAGGGGAGGGAUAAUUUGCUAUCAUCACAUGUGUAACACUAACUGCAUUCACUGAAAAUGGAAAUGAGGGCCAGGAGCAGCAGGGAUCAUUUGGUGUCCUGUUAACAUGGUGCAGCAGGUCAAGUUUCCCUCCUCAAACCUCUGUCAAACUGGCUGUGGCAUGAUCGAAGAAAUGUCCGAUUUGUUAUGUAGAUACUGCACCUACAGAUCAAAACUGCCCACCAGUGAUCAUCUCUGACAUCUCGGAUAGAUGAUUUCAAAUUCAGCUCAGCCGUGUGUAUGCAAAAGGCAAAUCAUAGCACUGAGGUCAACUGUUUUCAUAGGCGUAGUUUGAGUAUUUAUUUGGGUUUUUUGGUUUUUCUGUAUUUAUUUGCUCUAGCUUGAAAAUAUUCUUUCGAAAAAGAGUCCAAACACGCUGAGUAAAAAUACGUUUCUGGCUUUUGCAAUAUUUAGGUUUAUACCAUUUCUCCUCUCUGCCUUUUCAAGCCAUGUCUUAAAGCAAGUUGUAAUUUGAGUUUACAUUUCUCCUGUUAUUACUGGUAAGUUUACAGUGUUAAUCUCAGUCACACACAAGUGUAAUUGGAUAUAAUGACUAUGUGUUUGUGUUGGAGUUUACUGUCUGUUUAUUUGCAAACCUGUCUUGUGUGCUGACGACUCACUCCCUGCGCAGACAGAAACCUUGUUAGAGUAAUUAGUAACUUUAUGCGAGUUCUUGCGGGAAACUUGUUUGCUCCUUUAUUUUGCUGUCAGUUUUUGCCACACUGCUCAUUUGGAGCUGCAGUUUAUUUCAUUCAUAAUGUCCACACAUGCAACCGUACAUAUUCAUCCUUUCACCUUAUUCAAGGUGCCAGUGUGAAUCUUUUCUGUUAUUUGAAUGUUUAAAAAAGAACUUUGUAAGGAGACAAUGUGAAUCUCGUCCUGCAUUUUCUGGCCAACAUUUGUCAUGGACUUUUUAAAUAGCUUAAGUGCUCUGCCAGCAAAAUCCCUCUGUUCAGAAAACAGAAAAAAAAGAUGAAGAAUGCAGAGAAAGAGAUGCAUAAAAUGAGCAGAGAAGGUACUUCAAGUACAGACUGAGACGAUUCAGGGAGAUCCGUAAAUAACCCUGAAGAUGUCUACUUCAAUACUUUCAAUACUCACUUUAUUUCACUCUGAGUGUGCGGCUCUUUUAUUACUGUGGUGCUCUCCUGCAGCUGAGGAGAAAUUACUCAGAACAAUACUGUGAGAAUAGUUUAGUGUGGUGAUGGUAAUAUUAAACUGUGACAUGUUUCUGUGUUGUCUGCUGCAGGCUGCAUGCUACAUAUAUAUACCUUUCUAUACCGUGCAAAUACUCUCUACAUUUUACUGUAUUUUGUGAGAAGCAUCAAAUAAGUAAAAUGCAUGGUAGCUUAGAGUGCAUGUUCAGCUGUAAUUGCAUUUUCUACUUGUUUGUCAGUACCCUUCAGUUUGCUUUGUGAAAUGGGAACACAGUGUCUGCUCCUUUAUUUGAAUACCUUAAUCAAACAUCGACUGCUGCUGCUGCUGAGGUGAGCUGCUGCCUACAGUACAGCACUUAGCAUGGCGUACAGAGCGAGCAGGCCCUGUGUUUAUACAUCCAGGGCCCCACCCAGCUCAUAUAUCCUCCCAACAACUGAUAUCUGCUUAGAUAGGGCAUGACUGAAGAGCAGGCUUUGUUAGCUGGUGGUCUCCUCUGCCUCUGAUAAGCUCAGGGAAUGAUGCACUCCAUUUGAAUGGCUUAUCUCAGUUUUAUUUCAUAUUACAGAGCAGCCCUGUGUAUGCUGUGCAAAGGUUUGAUUACAUUGCAUUAACAUAUUCAGCCAGUUUCAAUCACCCUGAAGUGAAACUAGCUUUUGAAGCAGCAGAAAGAUAUUGAUGUUAGUUUUGGCUGCAUGUCUUAGGGUUAUUUUUAAUACCUUGAGUACUUAAACAUGGCAGACAAAUUAAGCAGCCUCUGUAAAGCAGGCUGGAGUAUAUUUUCAUGUUGAGUGGUGUUGUCGCUAUUAGCUAAUGACAAACUCUGUGGUAUGUGACAGAGAGGCAGAAAGAGAAUCAAGGGAUGAGUGAGAGUCAAAUGGGUUGAAGUAAUCAGUGGCCCAGUAUGGGGACAGUGUGUUUCUGCAUGUGUGUAUCUGUGGGGUUGUGUGUGUGUGUGUGUGUGUGUGUGUGUGUGUGUGUGUGUGUGUGUGUGUGUGUGUGUGUGUGUGUGUGUGUGUGUGUGCAUGCUAACUCGGGGCCAGUCAAGCGUUUUGCUGACUACAGAAUCACAAUCACAAUUGCUUUCAUAGCCCUGUGCAGAGGAAGGCCAUGCAUACCACAGUAAGGGCCGGUGACACACAGUGAGCAGGAGCAAAAACAGCCACUAAAUCAUAUUCUCCCUGCCCCGACACACCCAGGAGAUUUUUAAUGGGGAUUCCAACCAUUUGAAAUCAUUUCAGUAAAACCAGGAUUGGGUCUGACAUGGCUGAGUCACAGAGGCUGCAUAUGGCAUGAUGAUUUCUUGCUAUAUAAUUUUUCUUAUUAGAUAGAAAACUGUGUGAAAAAUGCUUAGUUCAAAUAACCACAAGUUACUGGUGUUUGUCACUUUGUCACUUUCUGUGACAGUUUUUCUGUUUGUUUCUUAUGGAUGUAGACAGGGAUGAAUGUAGAAAAAGGAAAUAAGACAGCUGAUGAAAAGAUUUCCCACUGUUUGAAUAACCUGGUCUCUUACUUUGGCUUUUAAAUGCAGUGUUUAUGCCUGAUGUAGGUUAUGAAAAAGGCAUUAUGUAUGUAUGUAUGUAUGUAUGUGUGUGUGUGUGUGUGUGUGUGUGUGUGUGUGUGUGUGUGUGUGUGUGUGUGUGUGUACCCACGUGCUAAUUAUUGGCCCAGGCAGUGCUACUAAGCUGCUUGCUCGUUGGUGGGCACCAGUGCGUCCCCCUCAGCGUCUGUUACCGUAAUUAAGACCAGCCGCCCCACUGUAGUGUGCUUACAUUAGUCAGCCCAGGCCUUCCCAUGGGGCAGUGCGACGGCAUUCUCAUUCUUACUGCAGAAGAAGAAAGAAAGAAAAAGAAACAGCGCUAACACCUGCUGCAGAGUAGACCCCUGGGUUUUUAGUUAAAUGUUGAUUAUAUUUGUUAAUGACUGUAAAGAAGAAACCACAGGGGCUAUCUAUCUAUCUAUCUAUCUAUCUAUCUAUCUAUCUAUCUAUCUAUCUAUCUAUCUAUCUAUCUAUCUAUCUAGAGCAUAUUUGUUAUACUCUUAAGCUCAGUUGCACUGAUAACAUUAUUAGAGCUUUGAGCUGUUAUAACACGAGACCUCUGAUCUUAUUUUGUUUAGCAAUGGAAAACAAAGGAAACCCCCCAGAGGACUAUUUGCCAGAGCUACUAUAAGCAAUACAACACAGAAAUUGUACAUCUAAGCUUGUACAGAGCCCAGCCAGUACGUCUGUGAAAAUGGUAAACAAGGACAAAUGUAAGGAGUGAAAAAGUGCCAAGAAAGGGUCUUCUUAUAGGCCAUGUAGAUACAAUAAAGUCAAGUGCUGAAAUGAUGAGUAGAUGAAAUUAUUGUUGUGUUACUGUCUAAGUUGGGCUCUUUGUUGAAAUGGUGAAAUUACUGGAAAUUACUGGAAUCAUUUCUGAGGAUUAAAAAAUGUUAUUUAAAGCCUCCGCAAGGACUUUUGGAUUAAUUAAUAAACAGACUGAAAUGACUAGUGAUGUGUCUCUAUGAUGUACAAGCAAAUAAUACCAUCAACAACAAGAUGAACAUUUUCUAUAAUGUAAUUUUUUAUGGCUGCUGUGAGGGGGUAGGUACACUGAGGAACAACUUUUGUUUGUUUCCCCACUGCAAAAAUUCACAAUACAGAGAUACAUUUCAUUGUAAUACAGACAACAGGAGGAAAUCUUUAAGUCAGUGAACACCUUUUCCUGAGGAUGAGGCAAAAUCAGCAACAAUCAAAGGUUUGCCACUUUGUCCACAUGGGGCGCCAAAUUCAACACAAACAGAAAGUUCCUGAUACGAGCUUUAAUUUUUUCACCAUUUUGCAUGUUAACAGGUAUUUUCUCCUAUUCUUGACAUUUUAUAGGCUCCAAUAUUUAUACAUAAUCAUGUCAGACUUUACAGUAUACAAUACAUACUAAUAUAUGUGGGUACAUAUGCUCUGUAUGCAUGUCUGCACUCUACAUACAGUAUGUACUGUAAAUAUGCAUGUAUGCAUGGAAGAAGCCUGAAGCUGGACAAACAUUCCCAGUUGUCUCAGCUUCCUGAGGUAUGUCCUGUGCAAACACUAUAGGCCAGGGUAUAAGCUCAAUUCCUGGGAUGUAAGGCUCUUUCCCUCCCUUGUUUUCACUGAAUAUCCUUUACAAAUAUUAUCAGCCUGGUGUCAGUGCCAUGUUUACUCUACAGCCUGAAGAGACAGCAUCUAUAGGAAAAUUAAAUUAAUGGUACAAGUGUGGACUUGUGUGGACUCUGAUACAGUUUAGCAAAAAUCAUCUCUGAACUUCCUUGAAGAAAUGUUAAAAUACUUUCACCCGACUUAGCCUCAACUGUGAACAUCAGAGAACUGUUAGCUUUAUUAGCAGAUCUUUGACUUAUAACCCAAGCGCUGGUGUCUUGAUUAGUUCCCUGACAUGCAUUGAUUUAGACUGUGAGAAGGUUCCGAUUGAGGAAGACAGGGCUGAUAAAUCCAUAUGAUCCUGAAUUUGCUCUCUUUCCACGGCUGUGACUGCUUCCCCCUGUCCCCUGUCUGUCAGGAGCAUGUGUUUAUUAUGUGUGACAUAUUUAGCAGGCAGAUAUAAUUGCCUGUGCAAAGCUGUAAUUGUCUGCGACCAAUUCAGUCAGCAGAGACUGCGGGAGCCCACGGAGCCUCUGAGGUAAUCAAACUGUGGCUCAUUCUUCCUCUUUGAGAGCUAAUGAUGAGCCCCAUGAUCUUUUACAGUGGGCAGAAAGAAGAGAAGUGUAACACAGUGGUGAUACAGUGGCUUUGGCACUUGUAAUGUUAUGAGAUGUGGGUUGAAAUGUGGAAAUUUCAGGAUGGAACAUAAAAGUUGCUAAAAGUUAUGAACAGAUAAAGGAUAAAGACGUUUAAAGAGAGGUUGGAGACUUUGUGGGUUGAGAAAAAGGAGGGAAAGCUGGAGUUGAAGGCCAUCUCCUUGUGUUCAAACUGUUUAGUCUCAAGUUGGCCACAAGCCAUGCCGAUGAGUGAUGUUGCGAAGAAAAACAAACAAAGGGAAGAAAAGCAAAACUUUAGAAUUAUGAUUUAUGGACAAUUAUGUUUUGCUGUUGAGGACUCUGCCUUUCUCUUAACAAGGCUUCAACAAGCUCACAGCGGCUCUGCAGGCCUGUUAACACACAGGAAAGGGAACUUGAGCAGAUCUUUUUAUAGAAUUGUUAAUAACACAGUAGACAGUAGUGAAAACCAUAGCCUAAAGCAGCACUUACUGGCACAGCCCACUGUGAACCAAGUUAGUGAGUGUGUAUGUAAAAUUGUGUUUAAGCUUUUGUGUGUGCUGCUUGCACCUUAAUAGCAGAAAAAACUGUUUGAAUCCUUUUUGCUGGUUGAAAGAAUCAGUGUCACGAUAAAGAAACACACAGUGAGGGGUUUAUUCUUUAGUACAAGUUUUAGUAACCAUACUUCAGUAAAAAGGUAAAAGAGCUCAUUAUUAAGUCACUGUAAGUUGCCAUCAAUCACAGUUGUAUAAUAAAGCGAAAGUCUCUGACACUCCUGAAAUUUUUGCGAAAUUUUCUUAUGCGCUGCGAUUAAAACUUUCCAUUGUGGCUCCUAACACAUGUCACACACAGAGUAAAGUUUUCCAUGUUGGACAAGGGGGCUGGUUGGUGAGGGAGUGGGGGUUGGAAGGGGGAAGUCUCAAGGCAUGGACCGAGUGACAACCUGCAGUGCUGAGGUGCAAAAGCCAAGGAUUCUCCACUAGGUCUUAUCUUGCUGUAAAAUACCAAUGUUAUGGAAAAUUAAACAUGUUUACAGCCUGUGCAAACAUGGACAUAGUCUCAGUGACAUUACCCUUUUGUUUGUAAAGUAGAGUUUUGAAGAUUAUUAUUUGCAUUCACCAUAUUUGAAACCCUGGCUUUACUUUUGCUCAACCUAACAACAGACAAAGAGAUUUAGUUGAGGCUGGCGCCUGGCCUCCUCAUUAACAGCUACUGUGUUCCUGCCAGUCAGUCAAGUAAGAUUGGCUUCUAAUUUAGCAAAACUCAACCUUAUUAAUUCCAAAAUAAUUGUUUAUGAAACAAUUUCCCCAUCCAAGCCUUAACCUUUUAUCCAACCUGGGUGUCAACUCUGUUUUAAUUUUUUUCUGUGAAGACGGGCUUUUUUUAAGUGGGUGUGUGAGUGGUUUCUGGUGUGUAUGGAGCCGACCUUAAGUGAACACCCAAGGAAGAGUAGUUUUAAGCACUUUUGCAUCAGCUUCACUUCUCAAGACUUGAGGUUACUGCUUGGUUUGGACUCAGCACACCCAACCUGGCACCUGCCAUCGUCGGGCUUGAAAUGUAUCAAUACCAAUAGGUGAUUAGACUACUUGUGUGUUUUGUACAAUCAAAUCUUUGCCUGUCCUGUCUUGAAACAAUUUCAGCUUUGUCAUCCUUAGACUUUUUAAAUUAACCUGUUACAUGUUGCUCAAAAUAUAUAAUAAAUUCAAAACAUUUGCUAAAUAUUUUUAGCAAAUAUUUCCACCAUAAACCAUUGGAGUCCUUUUGUUUAUGACUCCUUUGAUGGAGAAAAGGAACAAUCUCCAUCAUUUGGAAAACAGCUUAUGACCCAAAUCAGUGAAAAUGUCUAAUGCAUACCCCUCACAAAUAAUUUAAAGUCCCAAAUUUGCCAUAAACUCAUCAAUAUGGUUUUUGACGGGUCUGCUCUCAUGAAUUUCUGUUGUAAAUAAAGCAACAGGUACAGGUGCUCACUCACUGAAAACACGGGACAUGUCAUAAGCAGGAACAAAUGUUUGCAGCAGCAGCAGGGCAGGGAAAGGGAGUGAAACUGAGAGAUGGUCAUGUUUUAUUAAGCCUGAUAAUGCAGCCUAAUCUGGGGCUCAGGUUACACAGUGCUUUGUGGGUAAUUAGAGAUCAUGUCGUAUGCCUGGCCUACUGAAAAAUUGCACUCCGCCCUAAUCCCCUCCUAUCCGCCUUUCAACCCCCACCUCCCUUCUUCCCCCUCUUCAAUCUUCCCCUCAGUCCAAAAAAAAAAAAAAAAGAGCUACAUGCCUCCAAAUUCCUGUGAGGGAAAGCACAAGUAAACAAACAUGGCAGCCAUAUUUCAGGUAGCUAGUCAUCAGAAAGUUUCUACCUCGUUGUAAGACACUUGGAAAUGUGCUUAUGUGCUCAGAAUUCAAUAAGAGGAAGUCGACAGUGGAGCACUUUGUGGUUUGCUUUGUGGAACUUGUUAGAUGAAUGACUAAUGCCUUCUGGCAAGUGCCCCAGGUUUACUAUUACCAAAACAAUGGCACUCGAUCCAGAGCACCGCAGCCUUGGUGUUCACACAGACAGAAGCUCAGGCUGCUGUUUCUUUUGAACCCUAAACGCUGACUACCCAUUCAUGCAACAUCCCGCAAACACACAGAUGCACACAAAGGAAGUUCUCAACUGACACGAGGACAUGUCGAACAAGAAAGAAAAGCUGCAUCUUUCAUCACUCAUUGUCCCCGAUUUUUCCAGCCUCAAAAACCAAGAAACAUUUCCAUAUUCUAUGUGUCUAAAUUCACUACAUGUACUCUGUAGUUAUCUUUGCACACACAUAUUUAUAUAAGUGACCUUAGUGGAGUUAAAGGAGACUCUCCUGUAUAUUGUCACCAUUUUAGAUGGAAAAGAACAAUGUAAUCUGUCCUAGUUUAAGAGCAAAAACAACAAAAAAGUCACUUAAAAAAAAAAAAAAAGAUCCUGCAGGUGCAAAAAGCAGAUGUCAACUCCAACACACAGCGCUGUGUGUAGGGUUUCCUCUUCAGUUUUGAUCACGCCUGGUGGUUUAAACAAAAUCCCCUCUUUAUAAAAGAAAGACACAAAAGCAAUAUAGACCAACCAUUUAGACAGUUAUCUGUUCUGUAUCUUAGUGACAACCCAUAAAACCUCAGCCUACAGUACACAAUAUAUGAAUCAUAUAGGAGGACAGUCCAUAAAUGAGCUGUUUUAAAUCUUAUCAUUAUGAGUCCACAUGAUAUCAGUAUUGUCAUAGACACCAACUAUAAAUAAUAAACAACAAAGUGCAGUUUGUAAAGUGCAGUUAUCUAUUCUCACGCUGUGGCAUUGAACCCAUUAACCUCCUCAGACUCUUCACAGACUCCAGAGGAAGUCCUCUGAAUGAUCAUUUAUCCAGACGUAAUGGCACAGGAUUCCACAGAGAUAUCUGUUCACAUCGCUGCAGUACAGGACACAAGCUUUUAAAAGGCUCAUCAAUCAUCACUCAAGAUAUUUGUAUAAAGUGACUCAAAAUGCAAACUAAGCUGUGUUCAAAGUGGUGCUUACUGGCAGGGCUGAAAAAAAAUAUUAUUAUUUUUUUUUUGAAGGGUUGAGGUGCAGACAAACACCAGUGGCUUAUUAUCACAAUCAGCAUGAAGAUCACUUUUGUUCUGCUAAACCAGAUAUGUAAAGGGACAAACAUUAGACUCACAAGGCCAAAGCUUGGCUCGUGUCAGUUUGAGGUCUGGGGAAUUUUGAGAUCUACCGCAUCCACUUCCUGUUUCUGCUGGUUUGAUUGGCUGGGAUGGUUGUCACUUUGUGCUGUGGUAUAACCUUAGUGAGGUACACAACACGCUCAUUCUAAAUAGGAACUGUGUCCUAGAAACUCUGCGGGUACAAGUUAGAAUUACUUUAAUACAGGUUAUACUGUAGGAUGACAGUGUUUCUUUUACAUCAUUUUACACCCCAUGUAUUCAUAGGAUGAUUUUUAUGACCUUCAGACAAAGUGUUGGUUUGUUUAGAUGCUAACUGUUGGAUUUCCAUGCUGUUUUAUCCAAUCCUAAAAACUGUUUAAGUCUCAUAAUACCACCACAAAUCAUUUGUGUAGUUCUGUUAAAUUAUUGAACUUUUUUUUCUGUAUUUUUAGUCUAACCCUUUGCAAAGUUGUAACAACAAAUACAAGGUCCUACUGUUGGGCCAAUGAGAGAGAGCUUUGAUUUGUCAUCCAUUUACAACAGAAAAAGUUUCAACACAAUUUUAAAGACAACUUGCUGGCAAACGCAAACAGGGUCACAAACGCUCACUUUUACACUUCUGAAUUACCUACUACUCAAUCACAACACAAGCACACACACACACACACACACACACACACACACACACACACACACACACACACACACACACACACACACACACACACACUUCCCAUAUAGCUUGAAGGCAUUUCAUUUCCUCUUCCCCUAUGACAACAUCACAAUAUAAUGGGACAUGGUGUCACGUGACAAAGAGCGAGUACAUGGGGUGAUCAAAUCACUCUCUGGGCCUCUCUGUCUCUCUCCCUCUCUCCCUCUCUAGCUUGAAGGGCAGAACGGUCAGUCGUUACAUAAACUAGAGUUGGUUCAAUUACAGAAAAAUGUGCUUUGUGUCCUUGUCAGAAGCAGAGUGAUGAAGCAGAUAAACUAUAAGUUAGUUAUCCCUGUUCCUUCAGGGUUUUGAUUGAAUACCUACCUUUAUGGGCUCAAUAGGUUUAUAUUGGAGUGAUACUUCAUUCAGGUUUGAAUAAAGUAUCACUACAAUGAAAACAUCAUAGUUAAGAGUUUUUCCAUUCUAAAAUCCCUUGUAUUGUCUACUCACAUCACAGUAGGGGGCUGUGAAAUAAAAGAUUAAUCUUGUCCACUUUAAAAUCCUAAAUUUGAAAAUUUGCACAAAAAUGUGCUUACCUGCCUCCAUUUGAAAGAAAGUCGUAAACAAGUGCGCAUAAAAAGAGCUUCUUUUAACAGCUGUUCAGGUAAUGAUGAGGUUAUGUAUUGAUUAAGAGCUACUCAGAAUUAUUCACUGGGAUGUAACUACAACACAUUUUGUAAACUCUGGUUUGUUGCAGUUUCUUAGCUUACAAAAAGGGAUUUAUGUUCAAGUAGCGGCUUUGGAUUUUUUUGGUCUUAAACAAUACUGUUUGCAAAAACAUCUGUCUUUUUGAUAAUCCCGCUCCAGUAUCAGCCACAAGUGCAAAACAUUAUGUAAAAGGAAAUUAUCUAAAAAGGAAAAGUCCUUGCCAGCUUACUUCUCACUGCCAAACUUCAUCAGCAGAGCUCUGAACAAAGCCACCCCGGAGCGAAUAUCAACUCAGUUUAUUCAGUGAAAAUGUGACCUGAUCACAGACAUUCAAAUUCAUUAUUAAGAAAUGACAAAUAAUUAUGUUGAUAAUUUCAUUUCGCUGUAAAGGUCAUGAAGAGGCAUCAGUGUAAGAGCCAGUGGAGAGAGGAAAGAGGGAAAUCCAAACUCUCUCAAACAAAAGAAACAACCCCUCUCUUUGUAGAAAUCUGAACUUGCCAACAUUUGACCUUUAACCUCCCCCAUCCGGUUUGGUAACCUUUGACAGACAACGGCAGUAGUGUAGCACUUACAUUUUGUGCGGUGUCAUUAUUAUUAACGUUUUCUGCAUACAAAAGAGACAUCUCUGUUAUCACAAACACCUCCUCUCAUUGAAAUUGCUCUCGUAUUGUGCUGACCUACUUACUAUCUUUCAGUAAACAGUGCUGCUGUUUCCGGCUAUAAAUACUUAGUCCUUUUAGUUCUGUUUUGACUGACCAUGACUCCAGGUAUUCGCUGUGUGCUUGAGCACAGUGUCAUGGCACAGUUUUUCAGAUGAGCCUGUAAUUAAGUCGUCUUGGAGCCUUGAGCUGGGACCAAUUUGCCACUAAUUGUCCCGAGUUUUAAUUUCUAAUGGAAUAAGGGCCAGAGGGAAUGCUGCCUAAUGAGAUGCAGUAACUGUGUGUUAGUGUGUAGAAGUGUGCGAGUGUGUGUGUGUGGGUGCUAUUUUAUCUGUUUACAGUAACUGGUAUUGCCUCGAUGAAUGAAGAAAGGAGUGAGUAAAGCAAGACGUUCCAUUUUGAUUUGGUUACCUUGUUUCUGUUUAGUCUACAAAGCGCUCAGGAUGUACUCUGUUUUCUCCAAACUUUACAUUUGCAUAUGAUAAAUCUUUAAAUGUAUUUUGAGUCAGUAGCAUAAUUGAUUGAGUGAUGUAAAAAUAAGGCUUUUAGUGAUAUCUUCUCCCUUUUAUACAAACUGAAAAGUGCCCUCUCUUAAUAACUGUGUGACAGCGGAGACCUGUCCGAAAAGUGAGAAGUGCUUUUGCCCUCGGCACUCGAGUUAUUGCUCAGAAAGCAUGGCUGCAGACUGGAACCAGAAAGGUUGUUUACAUAGCCUUGGGAGUGUUUGUGUCAUGAUUUAGAUUCCAGGCAUUUCAACAUCCAAAUAAAUCAGUUUAGACUUCUUAGGACAAGUAAACCUCCAGUAGAUAAACCCAGCCAGCUGUGUUUAAAAUCUGUAAGUUAGCCUUAUCUGUAAAGUUGGAACAAUUUUGUUUUCAGUUAUUACAGGCAAAGAAAGAGGGGGACAAAGUUCACCCUCAUGUGGGUCAGAAUCUUGGCCAUAGAGUAAAAACACUUUUCCUUGUUAGUGUUGGUAACGUUUGUAGUUUUAUUCACAGCACAAGGACACACAAACACAGCAGUCAGCUUGUCUCGUGUGAGUUACAUGGGCAACAACAUGAACAAAAACUAAGGAUAAUAAUAAUUACACAAUCAGCUGAGAAAACAAAUGACUACAUGAAUCUUUAAAGACUUUGGUGACUUCACUGUCAUUUUUCUACCUUAUCUUCUGUGGAGUGGAGUUUGCUUUGCGUCUGACUCAAGGCCCUUCCUCUUAUUGUUUCAAUAUGUCAGAGCAUUGUUUGAAUGAGGUCACCCAUUACCGAUCUGGCCCGAGGCCAGCUUGACUUCAGCUGAUUUAAUUGAAUCUACGACAUGAGUCAAAUUCAAACAAGCAGAGAGUGCUCUGCCAUGACAGCCUCAUUACUCCACAUUAAGAACUCAUUUCACAAUGCAUUGUGACUUUGGGCUUGACAAACGGUGAAAAGGGAUGAAAUCAAAUAAGUGAGUGUAUUUUGGCUGAAGAUACUCCAGUACUGUACAUAUAAACUAGGAGAGCCAAAGAAUCGUCUUUGUGCUUUUUUGUAUAAGUUAAUGUGAAUGCCUCUGGGUCAAAGCGUUCCCAUGUUUGUCGUCUGCAGUAAUGGAAUGACAUUCAAUGCCAUUUUCCUUCUUAAAUGGAAUUUUUGUCAAAGCGUUAUGAAUUUAACCUGCCUUGUCACUCAAGCCAGAGACAGUGCUGAGAGAGGAGAAAAUAUGCGAAUGAAACCUUUCACUGCAGAUUUUUGACUGUUGGCUGUGAGGAGAGCAAAUAAUGAUGCCUUUAUCACAUCUACGGCACAACAAACAAAGAGGGCUUUGUUGUGACAUACCACAAGAUGUGAUAUCAGGCAGUAUAAUGACUUACAUUACAGCGCACACACAAUAUUCACAGCAUUGCAGCAGUACUCACUAGGUUUUAGAAUUUCACCAGCUUCAGCCUCAGCUAAAUUUCUCAAUUAAGCACACAUUCUUGGAGAGCCAUGCAGCUCUAUCCCUGCUCGUGGGGGGAAAAACGUGCCAGGGCCUCCCUCCACAAUAGGGAAGGAAAUGUUGCGACUGCAAGGUUCUGUGGAGUGGAGAUAUGGCACUGUUUGCUUAGGGCUAGGUAUCGGGCACAAAAACAAACAUGGCCGCCCUUAAUGAGCCUGUUUGCCUGCCAAAGGUAAAGACAGCUGUUGUCUCUCGCCACAAUGGAGCAGGCCUCAGUGCGGCGGUGCACAGUGGAGCACUCUGUGUCCCCAUAGUAACGCUCACCUUGUGUGUACUCAAGAGGGAACUUAUUAAGUCGCCUUUACGAUAAAUAGUGAGUAAAAUGUAAAUUGUGAGGCCAUGCAGUACUUUCAUGAGGUCUGACUGUGAAAUGAAAAGGUUUAUUAAAUCUUGUCUUUAGAGCAGUAAAAGUGAAAAGACUUGUGGGAGUAAAAAACGGCUGUGCAGUGAGGACACAUUUCUGACUUACUCAUAACAUCAGUGAGUGAGAGUUGAGAAACUGGCUCUUCUCAGUUUGAUGAAUCAGAACAUGUAAAAGGAGUAUAAGAGAGGUCACACUCUCUGCAUCUGUCUUUUUCAGACCAACAAAUAUCUCUGUAAAAGUCUGUUCGGUGAAAAAGAAGUUGCUGCUCAAAGGGACACAAGCAGGGAGGCAAAGUCAGGAGCACUGAAACCUAGAAAAGCACUUUUCUGCUUGUGUUCAUAAAAUUAAUACAUUGGAGCUGUACCUUUCUGACUGAAUCAGCACUGACAGUCUGCUACACUGCAUGGCUAAUUUUAGAGUUAAGAAUAUGAGGGAGAUGACAACACGGCGUUUUGUCGAGGACGGAGCAGCCAGUGUGAAAGUGUGAAUAUUAGAGGUCCAACCGUCACUCGCAAGAGGGUGGCUUCUGUUAAAAUAAGCAAACCCCCCCUCAGACCCCCACACUUUCCUGGCAUUGUUUACAGAACAUUUUCAUUGGAUGACAUUUUUUUUCCAUUGUUGAACUUGUGUCUGACAAAGGACUGACAAUGUCACUGACAAAUAUAGGGGUUUUAUAAUAACUCUGCAGAGAGGGCUUUGUAACAAUUUCUUUGCCCUCUAGUUGACUUUAGUUCAAAUUUUCCAGAAUAGACGUUAACCGAGAAAUGUCUGACAUCAAUAAAGAAGGAAAGUUAGUGAAGAAAACUAUUUACUUUUAUAAUUAAGAGACUUCUUUGGAGUGUCUGUUUAAUAGAAGUUUAAAGAAAGUUUGAUACUAAAACAGUCAAACGAUUACUGUGACUGUAUUUCAAUGGAUUUGGAUUAGGUUUUUUAAAGUUUGCUUCUCCAGCUAAAAUGAGCUGACAUUAAAAACACAAAGACAUUUUGUUUUUAAAUCAGGUGUGUAACAUUAAAAAAUAAAUGCAAGAGUACCAUUAUGUUUGAAUCAAAAUGAAAGGUUCUCAUUGAUAGUCGAAAUGAAAAUAAUGAUGAAUACAGCAUAUUUGUGAGAAACAAGUAACACCAGAAACUGAGGUUAAAGCUCAAAGUUAAUAUUUGCCACAAACAUUUUUCAGAAGUGUUGUAACUGGGUUGAAAACAUCCCGUGACCACAAGUUUGCCACCACAGGUCCUGCAUGGUGACUACUGAUGUGACUUGUUGGCAUUUUGUUGUCCUACAUCUUUGCAUGAAUACCACACGCUUUAUCUGAAUGCUUCAUUUUGCAAAUGCUGUUUUUGAAGCGAUCAGGACUACUUUCUUCAGGAUAUAACAAAUGUUUUUUAUUUUUUAUUUUCUAUAAGCUUUAAGCUUAAAACAUGACCUUUAAAAAUCUAAGUUUGAUUUUUUUAAGUAAAGUUUACACUUCUUUGUUGUAUCAUUUUGAAAGUUACACUCAGUGACUUUAAUGCUUAAUGAUCUAGUCAAUGAAAAUAAAACUAAUACCUGCAUUCAUGUCUUUUGCAGCUUUGAUAUUAUGAUCACCUGAUUCAACCUCUUAUUAAGGAUUGUAGAGAUAAUGUAUUUCUUUUGCUGUCACUGUGCAGCUCUGUUCAUGGUCCAUGUCUUUUAUCUUAAAUCAUAAUACCUCUUGGUCUGUGACUUUUGAUGUGCUGCAAAUCUCUCCCCUUAGCGCUCCAGCUUCCAUGUUUGUUUGCUGCAGAGUCUUUCAAUUAAAGAGCAUGGCCAGAUUUCGUUUUCGAGUGACUCCCCAGAGAGGCAGCAGAGGAAAUGGCUGAGCACAUCAGACACAUUUGUCUUCUCUGCUUAGUUACCUUGCAGGGGGAAGAUGGUGAUACCCAUUUCCUCCAUCUAAUGUGUUUGCUUUACGCCCGAUGCCAAGUGUCAACAUGCAGCUUCUUGACAGUCAUUUUUCAUUUGGAGCAAGCAGCUUGGUUUAAAAAGCCAAUGCAUUGUUCUGUUUUUGCAUUUCCCCCCUUCUUUCAUCAUGUGGUUGUUGUUUUAAAGGUGGCCAACUUGUAACAUUUUUAAGGUGAAAAGUGCAAUAGUCAGGGAUUAUUACUUAAUAGCCUUGGCUGGCUGUUGAUUGAGAAUAAAAAGCCAAUUAGCAUAAUAGGAUAUGGGACAUAAUGACAGAAUUAAAUGAGUGUGACAGACACACAAUAGGGCCGCUCUGUCAUCGCAUAAGCCCAGCUCGCUUAUUAGAAUUAAUCUGGCCUGAUUAAAAAUGCAAAUGGCUCAAAGUCAUUGACGGAGUUUACAUGUUUUUAUAACAUUUAACUGAUUUAAUUACAUGGAAAAUGAAAUGGUGGGAUGUGCGAUUGAAUUUUUUUUCCCUCUGUCACCCUCGUGCCACAGAGAGAUGAAUAUUCUCUCAUGCCAGGAAGAGAAGGUAAUGAGAUUAGUGCUCUCCCUCUCUCUUUCUCUGUUCCUCUCUCUCUCUCCAUCUCUGCCUUUCAGAAGCUGAUGGUUUGGUUCAUCGAAGCAAGAAGAGCUGUUUUAUUGUUAUCAGUGAAAACAUUUUAUCUUGGUCUCAGAAGCACCUACUGUAUUGUGUGGGCUGAGGAGCUUCACAAAAUUUAAAGAGUUUCCUCCCACAAUGUAUCAGUUUAUGAGGCCGCGAUAGCUGGGGGAAAAACCUACUCUAAUUCUUCCUGGUGUUGUCUUUGUGUUCUUAAACAGUCUUGAACAGGAAGGAUCAGAGGUUUCAACAGACAAUUUUAAUUGUCUGAGGUUUAAUGACAUGUUGUAUUGCCUGCAGCAGGCUGUGAACGCACAAGACAUAUUUUGACAUUUUACAGGUGAACUCCAGGAAGGUGUUUUGCUCUGACAGAAUUCUGUCACAAUGCAUGAAAAUAAAAUCAAACACUUGUCCUUGAUUUCCUGCAAAAUGUAAGUGUUUGCAAACACAAAUACCUGUGCGAGAUUGUUGCACAUUUAGCUGUAAACUCAAGAUGAAACAAAAAAGUCUCUUCAUGAAGACUUUGACCUGUUUGAGUGACACCAGUCAGUUUCAAUUUCAGGUCUUCAUCUAAGUAAAGAUCUCAGACUGUAGUCAGGCUGUGUGCUUCUCAGAGCUUGUUAAAAGUGCAGAUUGAUAGAUCUGCUCACUCGAAACAUGCAUGAUCUCUUUGCACCUUUCUGCUAUGGUUGUAAAACCUGCUAGCAUGUGGUGGACAUCCUGUGGGGGAGGAAAUCAGCUAUGCUGGUUUGUUUGUUCUAGACUGACAGGCGACAUGCAUUGUGUGUUUUUUUUCUUCCAGACUGGUCAUUUUAUGGGUAUAUUAACAUUUUUACGGCUGCUAUGACUUAACAGCUUGUCCAGAAUUUGUCUCUUUGAUUCAAGCUGGUGCGCUUUUUUCCCCCUGAUCAUAAAUGUCUAAAAUGUGUGAAAGAAGGCGUUUGGAAGUGACCGAGCGAUUUUGAAAUUGGCCAGAUGCUCUGUUUUGAUCUUGUUUCUCCUCCACCCACCUUGCCUUACAUCAUCAUCAGCAACGCUGUUUUACAAUGUCUGAUACACAGAUGUCAAGCUGGAAAGAGGUUUGAGAUUGUGAACAUGCUGUGGGAAAAAAAAAAGCUUUUUAUUCAAAGACCAUUUAUUUUGCAGCAGGAAAAAGACAUACAGACCUGAAAGUCUGUGUUGACAGCACAGGAUCAAUUCCAACUGCGUGUCCGUACAUCAGUCCAACGUGUUGAAAUGGAAAGUAUGCUAUCGAUCUGUGUGCAUUAGUGCUCUACAGUAACAUAAGCAAUGAGUGGCAGAACAAAAGAGGCACUGUGUGUCAUGCUAGAGGGAGAGGUACUGCACAAAGAGGACCGUUAACUUCAUGCAGUCUAUUGGCAUUUCAUUGUUUAUCGUUUUAAGUCCCAACGUAUAUUUGUCUUUCAUAAAGAAUUUUACCCACACAUAUACAUCUGGAACUGAUUUUGCAGAGUUUGAAACCUAAAGGCUUUAUGUAUGCCUUGCAGACAGAGGGGUUAUUAAAGUUUAUUGUAGUAAAGUGCUGCAAAAAUGUGAUACGGCUUGACAUUAAAAAGCUAAGAAAGCCACAAAAGCCCGCUGUAAUAGAGGUCAGGAAACACAGCUACAUCAAGUUGCUCAUUUAUAUCUCCUCAAGCUGCCCUCACUCAAAACUGGACUGUCUUACAAGGCUGAAAAACACACAUCCUGCGUUGAUAUUUCCCCUCUUUUGGCUCAUACUUUUCUCCUCGAGGGACAAAACACAAUUACUCCAUUGUGUCACACAGUACAGUAUAUCACAUUCUGCACAUUUCAGCCAGAGAAAAGACGCAGUGUUGUGUUGGGGCAUAUGGCAUCACGAUAAAUAUGCUUUAGAGGAGGAGGUGAAGGGUAAGGGUGGGGGAAGGGGGUCACUGUCAGGGCAUGAAUUGAAUGAACUUUAGCGUGGUGAUUGGAUUAGUGAAUUGUAAACAAAGGGUUAUUUCUGUAAUCCUACAGGCGUCAGAGUAAAGACAAACAGAGACCACAAAAAUGAAAUGAAAAAUGCCUCCAAUAUUUCCCCUUCAGCAUGUCAAUUUAUUAAUAAUCUAAUGAGAGAAAUUGUUUAUUUUUAUUUUUCGUUAACAAAAUGUAUGGUGUCAAGUCCUUCACGGCCUUGAAUAUGAAGACAAAGAUCUGUGACCACUUCUAAGAGAGAGAGACAGUUAGACACACAUGCUAGGUUCUUUUCAGUAACUGUAGCGGUUCAGCUGUACCUGCAGUGAUGACAGCAAGCACCGCAGUGACAAGGAAAACCCAGAGAUGCCACAUAGAGCGGUAAAAAUAGGCUGCUUUGCACGAGAGUGAGAGGAGAAUGAAAAGAGGGGAAAUUUUGGUGCACAAUGUCUUAUUGUUGGGACUUUUUUCUGCAGGUCUGAGAUAAGAAACUCCACUUAAGUCAACAUCUCAUAAGAUCAGUCUUAUUUCAGCUUGUUGGUUUACUGAGAAAGGAAAAGACACAAGAAAAUCAACCUCUGCGUUUACAGCCUGCACCUCCUACACCUUCACAGUAAGAGAGGCUGCCUACUUUAACCCAUUACCACCUUAAAUGUGUUACAAAUCUCACUUCUUGACAGAGGCAGUAAUAUUCCCUCUGAAUGUUGACCCUGGAAGAACCUACAUUUGUGGGUGUCAAGAGUCAUCACAGCUGUACUGACCCUGGUCUGCUAUAGGUAAUUAAAUGCAAGUUAAGACUAUGAUACUCUUGGUGUGAAGCUUAAGGAAGGCAACAGGACUAGAAGACUGGAUGCUGAAUGGAACCUGUAUUGCUGCUUAAUAAACAGCAUUUAUACCGUCAUACAAAUCAGAGCAGGGAUAAUACCCAUUGAUAAUCUGAGAUACAAUAAUAAGAAAAUUAAUAACUUGGUGGUGACUGCACACACUGUGACUGGGAAAGGAUAAACAUGUGGUAACCUUUAGGUGUGAACGUAUCAGUGAAGGGUGCACUCGCAUACUGCCAUUUACAUGGGAUAUAUGCCGCUGUUAUGCUUCAAUUGCAAUGUGUAACACAUGGAGGCUUAGUAGUGGGGUGUGAACAAGCCAUGUGUGCACACGCCAUCCUCUUGUGCUAAUACAACAUUGUUUUUAUGUGCAGAGUGUAAGUACAAAGGCGUAGUGAUGGCAGGGCUAUAUUCAGGUGCUGUUGUGGAAUUGCAGUGCAAAUUGCUGGGAAAUAUUCAUGUGAUUGUCAAGUUAGUGGUGGGCGAUAUAGCUUCAAAAGGAUAUCACGAUAUUUCAAGGCAAUUUGCGAUAACUAUAUUUAUGACCAUAUGGAAAAAAAUUACAGAACAUAUUAUUAGUGAAUGCUGCUUCUAAACACCAGCAUUUUUAUUAUUGGUGUUUUUUUUUUGCUGCUGUGCUGCUCUCGUUCUCCGACGUUGUUUUGUAUGCAGUAGGGAACGUCAUCGUGUCCCUACAGUGUAAAUACCGUGAUAUGACAAAUUUAUAUCACCAAAAAAUAUACACCGGUAUUACCAUUCACAGUUUGAUAUGGCACACCCCUAAUGUCAAUGUCAUUGAGUCACCAUCCUGGAGUCUGUGUCUUCAGGCCAAGUCUCGAGUCAAGCCCUAGUGGAGUCUUCUUUAUCGGAGUCCAAGUCCAGAUUAGUUCCCAUUGCCUUAGGAUUUAAAGGAGACUGCGGUUUGAGGUUUAGACAUUUUAAGGGUUAACAGAACUAUGAGCUUGCUUACAGUAAUGUAAUCAAUAGUCCAAGUAGGCUGACUAUAGUGGCUCAUUUACUUCUCUGGGUGCAACCAGGAUAGAUAUAAAUUAUUAAAGCAUUUUAAGACACCAGAGUCAGACUCAAGUUUAGAAAUAAGCACUAUAACACUAAAGCUACACACUUUUAUUCCACCAUUUAACACUUCGCAGAUUUUCUUACUUGUCAAAUGGGCCUUUUCUUGAAUCCAGAAGAUGAAAAUUCAAAGUGACUGUAUAAAUUAUCAGAUUAAAUCACAUCAGGUAAAGAAAUUCAGAUAUUUGUUCACUUGAUAUUAAACAGUGGGUCCUCAACUAUAGAUCAAAACUGGUAUGCCAGGACUUUCAAUGCAGUUUAUGGGUUAAAAAUGAUCCAAAUCAUAGGAUGGAAAAAGAUAACUGGUCUUUCAAAAUAGUUUGACAAAACUGGUUUGUUUUAGUCCAUGAGUUAGUGAUCCUAGUUGUCUGAGAAAGGAGACAUCCCAGCUUGAGUCAUUCUGGCUCAAAUGGAAUAUUCACUGUCCUGUUUCGACCACAUGGUUCAGGUCUACAGCCUUGUCAUCACGAUAGGGUAACAGUGAAUCUGUAACAUCCAGUCUGAGUCCUCUCGGCCUGUGAGGGAUGAAUAACGACAUGUCCUCAGGCCUGCCCCUGCUCUGCAUAUCUGCUCAUUCAUCUGAACCGUUCAUUAAAGGGUAAUUACCUGUAAUUAGUGAGUCAUGUCGCUUUAAUGAAGAUGUUGAAAGCUGUUUGAGCCAGACGGGCUGGCCUUAAUUCUGAGUGAUGUUCAAGAUUAGCUGCAGACAGGAAUUCAAUAAAGGCAGACAUAUUAAUGAAUUAUUAGCUUCAUUUUUUUGGCGGUGCAUAGCUUGCUCGGUUAUGUUUUUGUUUCACGUUCAUUUUCAAUUCCAGCAGCAUCAACACCUGGCCCUGGAGGGCAAGUACGUGUUGCUGUAUCAGAGGAGGCUAAUAGGCACAAUGAUGAUGAAGCUGUGUGUGUCUAAAUGCUUCUAUGUGUGAGUGUGAUGCUUGCUCUAAUGUAUGCUGUGAGAGUGUGUGUGUGUGUGUGUUCCCUGGCGGCGUGGUGAGUGUUUAAUCUGGCCCGGUGGCGUGCCGUUGGCCCAGCUAAUCACAGUGUGUCUGUAGGAGUGCGCUGAGCCAGGGGAGCACGCUGUCGCUAACAGCGCCUGACAGACUCAUUAGAGAGACCUGGCACUGAGCUAGCAAGGCGCGCGCGCACACACACGCAGACAAAGCCACACUCUCAAACACAUUGAAACACAUGCAGUGGGAAGAGCACUCAGGCUCAACUGCACACACAUUUGGAAAAAUUCACACGCUUAAAACACCUCUUUUUUGACAGAUCUACACACACUCAUUCAUAUAAUCAUUAGCAGUCAAGAUUGUUCGCUCCUUCUCACUGUCUCUUACUCUCUCUUUCACACACACACACACACACACAUACAAACACACGCAGGCUCAGUGCUCCACGUGUGAGAACAAGGCAGGCAGUGACCCCUCGCAGUUGCAGCCCAAACACAGACAGGAGCCAAGAGAGCAUUCACGAAAAAGAGGAGGAGGAGGAGGGGGAAUGGAGGGUGGGAAAAAUCGAGAGGAGGCAAAGAGGAGGAUUGGAGAGAGGAGAUGCAGCAAUGCUUUCCCCUAUUCAAAUGUGUGUUUAUACAGGCAAAUGGCAUUUUCAAAGUUAAUUACCUGCAGUCAGGAGAUCACCUGCACCCUGUUGAAAACUUUUGCAGGGUAUAAAAAGUUUUUUGUAUGUUUUUAAUAUUCGCAGAAGCUGUGUGUGUGUGAGAUACGUGAAUGUGAGGGUUUGAUAUCCUUCUGGAGGCCAAACUUUCUUCUUCAUUUCAAAGUAGAAAACUGAAGUAGAAAACUAUUAAUUUCACAGGAUUAUGUAGAAUGACAUUUAGCAAAGUUGGACAAAGUACUUUGACAAAUUACUUAAGACUUGCCUGCCUUGCUCUCACAGCGAGGUUAAUUGCGGCUCAGCUGCAGCAGAGCCAAGUGGAAACAUUAGGUUCGGCUGAAAAACAGGUGAAUGCAAAGCAGGUCAAUAUGUAGUCAAGUGUGGGCCUGCCAGCUGUUCACUCCCUCUGCUCUGCCACCACUACACAAAAGUGACAUACACACACACACACACACACGCUCAAGCUUUACACACUAGGAAUAACAGGGGCAGAGUGAGACACAUAAACAAAGAGAGCAGAAAUCUGUUCUUGUUUUUAUGUUCUAUCGUUUAUACAGCAGCAGAGUAAAUCAUUCAUAAAACCAUGAAACGUGUUUUAUUAUGAGAAACUACAAUUCUGUGGAAGAGAAAACUGACAGGACCUCGACUUGUCCUUCUAUAUCAAACUACUUCCAUGAAAUAGUAUUCAUCAGAGUUUUGACCUUAUGUAUGUUAAAGCCUAGUUUACGGCUCAAUGCCAUAUCCCAAUCUAUGCAUUCAAACUAAUAAAAUCACAUUGAUAAGAUACUGCCUCGCCUGAUACUGUUGCUCAUCAAAGCAGCAAAAGGGUCAAAUCUACAUUGAGAAACAGACCGCUUUACUCUGGUUUCAAAUGUUUGGCCUUGUGAUGUUCAAGUUGUAAUCUAAGCAUUAAAGUUUACCAGAAACAGUUGCCUAAUAACAUGUCUAGUAAAUGUGGAGGAAUUACCAACUUACAGUUAAAGAUAUGAUAAUGAAUUCAAAAGCAACUCCAUUUUUUUAUUUUUAUUUCUGUCCGAUCGAAGGAAAACAUCACCUCAGGAUAGUUGUCUGGCUGUUAGUUCGCAGCCGUAAAAAACUCAAGGCAAGUUAUGUGUAAAACAAUAAAUCUAAAAAAUCUGUCGGUUUGUCUGAUAGAAAAGCUUCUUUUGUUUUGGGGAGAGAGUACAGACCUAACAAGCCCUCUCUUUUAAAGAUUGCAGUUUUCAAUAAAUGGUGUGCUUGAAUGCAUUUAACAGGUUUGGGAAGUCGGAAAAUGUUGAGAAAAAGCGCUCACACAUUGUUGGUUUUGGUCUUUCCCUUAAGUUAUUGACCCCUAAAAAAUAUCAAAUAACACUUGUCUUAUGCUUAACACUUGAAAAACACGGCAAACACCUACAGAUAUACCCGAGGAAAGAUCCUACACUAAAGUAUGCCUAAAUGACAAGAAGUUUUACUGUAUAUUCUGCUGCCAAUUCUGCCAGGUGUCUCUUUCCUUGGCUACACUUAUCUCUCCUCUUCACACACUAAAUUCCUUGUCAGGAUUUUUAAUCUAGCGUGGUAGCUGUAACUGGAACAAGUUUUGCUGACGACCUUUUUUCACCUAAAAACCAAAUCAAACUAUCUUGAAUUUCUCAACGUUAUACCAUGUUCCAGGCCAAAUCUUCAUCGUCUCUCUCUCUCUUUCCCUCUGUGUUUCUCUCUCUCUGUUCAGAGUACAAUAGAUGUUUUGCUCUCUGCUCUCCUCCAUUCUCUCUCUCUCACUCUUCUCCAGCACAAGGCUAUGACAUUGAGGGAAUGUGAUGUGAUGUAUUGUAGUGAAUAAUGUAUUCUGCAAGGAUUGUACAGAGCGCGUAGAGCAGAUGGCAGCAGGUUGAUGUCAAUGUGUGUGCGUGUGUGCGUGCAUGUGUGUGUGUUUAAUGAUGACAGUGUGUAUAAGUGUGAAGUGUGUGUCUGUGUGUGUGUGUGUCUGUGUGCAUUCACCCAGAAUGGGGGAGGGGACAGAGUUGAAGAAGGGAGGGAGGGAGGGAGGUAGAGUGGGGGUUGGUGUGUGUGUCUAUGUGAGCCUCCUUUGUGAGAUAAAACAUGCAAAUGGUGGAUUAUUUUAAUGCAUUUUUUUCUAGGGCCCUGAGCCUUAAUCCCUAAAGCAGUUGAAAUGAAAAUAGUAUAUGUUUUCUUUCAAACUCGCUCCCUCCCUUAGAGGAAUUUACCACUACCAGCUGUCUAGGAACAGGAUCCUUUGCACUUAAAAUUCUCUCUGGUGUAGUUACAGCCAAAGACUGAUGAUUACAUCCGGAUAGCAUGGAAUAGACUAAAGCUUGUCUGUUAUGAAGAGGCAGGAUGAGAGUAGUGAAAUUUUUGAGACUGAAUCCUGAUAACAAUGUGGAGUUAAAAAAUAGAGCUGAAUGUGUGCAUGUAUGAACGCUUGCUCAUGCACUCCAACACACUGCAAGUGAAAAUGAGGCAUCUAUUAGUGUGCGGCACAUACUACAGUAAUAAACUGUACAAAUAUAAUGGUUUUGCUAUUCACAUUUAAUACAUGGUAUGCAAUGUGUCCAAACCAUACACGAAUGUAGAAACACUCAUCUCUACAAUAAGAUUAUUUCUCACAGAAAAUUAUGAAGAACAAUGUCUUGUUUUCUUGGUAAAUAAUGAAGUCAAAUGUAUUCUAUGGCAUGUGUUUUCACUUUUGGAUGGAGAUAAAUAGAGGCAUAAUGAGCAGUGGCUAAAGCAUUUAAGCACACACACUUUUUUUUUUCCACAGUGUGAAGUUGCCCCCUAUAGCUGAAGCUAACAGAUGGCAGAAUCUAUUUACAUCCACUUAGGUGAUGAGUUUACUUAUACUGUAGGUUAUUCCACACUUUUCUGCACUUUUGAAGACUUUAGUUAAAAUAUACAGGCAGCCCAGGGGUUGCACUCACACUGUUUAUAUUUAAGGACUUCAUCAUUUGCACAAUUUGUUACUUUUUCUGUCUUUUGUUCUGCACUUUGCUCUACUUUGCUCACUUUCAUUACUUUCCUACCUGUCGGGGUGUUGUGGUACCUCAGACUCUGCUCUCAAGCUGCCCUAUACCCAUAAAGUCUUAUAGACCAUGUGGCAACAACAUGGUAUUCUAAGUGGCAUGUAGAUCUGUAAAGUGUGAAACCUGGUGGAUGCCUAGCAACUGGCCUGCAGUACUGUUAGAGAGGCCAAACACCAUAACCAUGAAACCAGGUUCUGGUGUCCUCCUACACCACAGGUGCAAAAACAGAGGAAGAGUGAAAACCUUGUUGUCACUCCUCUGAGUUUUUUUUUUAAAUGUUACGAAGGACUGUAGUUCUUGUGCAUGUAUUUAGGCCUAACCUGAGCUGAUGGAACAGCAGAGAAAAGAAAGCUUGUACACUCUUGUCUCUUUCAUAUCAGGGACAGUAAGCAUAAUUGAGUAAAUGUAUUUAAGUAUUGGAGCGAGCUGUUUCAGCCUCGCUGGAAUGGUUGAUAUUGUACUUAGGAAGAAUAUUGCCCAGGGCAAUUCAUUAGGAGUAAAUAAUUGAGAGGCUCAGAUAGUGCUAAGGUGAAAUGUGUGUUAUUAUUUUAUGUAGUUUGUGUUCCUAGGGCUCUUCAGUUUAAGAAUAUUAAAAAUGCACAAGCCUUUCCACAAAUUACUCACUGGAAAGAUUCACAAUGGGCGCUAAUGAUUAACCAUCCAUCUCCUAUUGUUUUCUAGUUCUGUAAAAGUGUUUCACCACACCAUUAUCAAUUCUGCUACUGCUUUUGGUGAUCUUCUUUUAUUUCACCGAUAUUGUGUUUAUAACCUUAUGCCUUUCAUCAUUUUUUACCCAUUUUAUCCAAGGUAAUUAAGGCACAUCAGCUAUUUUAAAAAAGUUACAUUCAACUUAUGAAAAAGAUACAGAAAGAAAUGACUCUUUAUUGAAUUUUAAGGGGUUGAAGUUUAGUUUGUAGCUGUAUAUCUCUCAUAAAGAGAUGUGGAGGAUGUAAUAAAGCUUUCAGCCAGGCAUGCAGCCUUUAGCUAAAUAGCAAGAGCAUAUGUUAUAAUAAGGUGGUUGCACACCAGCAGUCUCUGGAUGUCUCAGUAGCAAACCGAUAAAUCUUCGUCACGUCAGUGUUGAGUGCACCUGCAACUGUUUAUUCAACCUCAGAUGGACUCAUGCAAAUGCCAUUUGUUUGCAAUAAUUUGCAUACAACUAAGCUUUUUAUCUGUAGAAACCUUCCCUUUCGAACGAACUCUUUCUCUGUAUUAUAUCUGUGCACAUGCUUUAACUCUUAUCUGUUUAAAAUUCUCACUUUUGUGUGUUGGUUUUCCGGUGAUGCAACUUAAAGGCCACUGAGGUUUUAUUUAACAUCUUGCACACCCACACAUCACCACGUGACAACCAAGAAAUGGGGGAGCAUCUGAAAGCUUGGUUCACAGGACUAGAUAUACCAUAAUAGCAAAAUGUGUUGAGCCCGUGGUUUGUGGUCUGGGUACAAGAAGGUUUUGUCCUUAACUAGCUGACGGUUGUGCAUCAUUGUUCAUUGUUCAGUAAGAUGCUCACUCUUGUGGUUGGAGAGUUUUUUUUCCCAGCACUGUGACUGUCAUGGUGAAACGGUUAGCAUUUCCAUCCAUCAAACGUCAUUUAGCUGACUUGCGCCUGGGUCAGGGUGAAAUUUUCAAUAUGAAUCAUUACUGAAUGUGGAUGUGAAUCAGCAUCCUCAGAGGAUGAACCAUGCAGAUCAAACUUAUCCCCUAUCCUUCCAUUAAUUCUUCCUGUUAGUAAAAUAAACAUCCUUUCUCAUGUAUCUGAUGACCAGAUAAAUUUAAAUUUCCUGUUAAAAAAAAAGCCUUUAUUCGAAUAUUUUAGAUAUCUAAACUUCUGCAGAGAACAAACACUUUAUUUGUUAACUAAACAAAAAUGUUGCCACUCUAAAGCCAAACUGCACUCUAUGUCUACCUUUUUUUAAAUUUAUUUUAACUUUUGCGUCUAACAAAGCCAAAAGUUAUAAAAUGUAUGCUUUGACAAAUAGGUGCUCCGUAGGUCAUAUGUAUACCAUACAUUGUGUUAAAGGAUGAGUUGUUCUUAUACCAACAAUAUGUGUAAGCUCAAGUUAAUGUACAUACAAACAGACAGAGUAAAUCCACUUGUUACUCUAUGAUGCUCAUUUGGGCUCCAGGUUCUUGGCUCAGUGCCAGUGUUCAGCCCCACUGUCUCAUAGGGGGUUUGUGUAUGUUGCUUGUCAGCUUGUUUAAGAGAGUUUGGAGGUGGAUAUGGGAAGGAGGCGUGUUCAGGGUGGAGGGGAUGUCAGCUCAUUAACCUCCAUUCUUCCUCUGGCAUGGCGCUGUGUGGAGUUACUGUGUAAGUCUCAUGUCAUUACUCCUCCCCCUGCAUGUGUGUGCUGGGCAUAAAGGGAAGAGCUGGGCAACUGUGGAAAAGGAGAAGAGGAAAAGGUUCACUGGGGAGGGGGGCCACUUGACAUGUUCCUUUAAUGCCCUGCUUGUAUCUCACAAACUAAAGCCCCGCCGUCUCGUUUCCUUCCCCACUUUUGUCUUCUCUGUCUCUUCUCUUUCUCUCCCUGCUGUCUCUCUCUAAACACAGGCCCGGUACACUGUGGCUGAGCGAGGGGUUAGGCUUCACACUGCUGCCCCCCCAGGCAUCAAUCCAGCUAGGAAAAGACUGCCCACUGCUGUGGUGAGAUACAGUAGCCAAGCCUCCUAUACCCGAAACUUGUUCUCUGUCCUUUCCAAUUGAUUCAGGAAGGUGUACCUCAGGGUCCCACCUUGAGCCCAGUGGCAUUUUGGAGGCUUCAUUCUGAGGAUACAGUUUUGAAGGAAUCACUGACUCUUUGGUGUCCCUUCAAAUAAACAUGUAUGCGUGGAUUGUCCAUGCUCUAUAAAUGCACGUUUGAACACACUGAUAAGACCUUAUUUGUUAGUUAGGCCAUUUUUUGUAUGAAGAAUAAAUAAUGGUAACAUGGAUUUCAUUACCGAGGAAAACAUAAAAUACCAAGAAUAUGGCACAUACAUCUACGACAAUACAACCUGCUAGCAGAGUACAAUUUUGUAUUGUGACUUAAGUUAAAUUUAAUAUUUGCCUAAGUUUAACCAAUACUUGUAUUCCAAUGUAAAAUAAGUGGCUAAUGUUGCUGAUUAUAAUCUGGCAUGCAAACAGUGUACUGAAAUUUGUUUCAUCAUCUUUUUCUUGUAUUACUGCUGUGUUAUGAUUUGCUGUCUAAAAGUCAACAAAUAGAAACAUCUUAAUAAUUAGCACUAUUUAAAAAUUCAAACACUCCACCCACACACACACACACACACACACACACCUUUUAUCAGUAGUACAAUAAUGCUUGUCAAAGUUUAUGCUAUGUUUAAAAGAAUACUGCGUUCAAAAUAGAGUGAUGGCUCCCCCAUGCUUGUAACUAUUUAUUUUAGUCACUGCCAAAACUGUCAGCUUUUUUUUCUUCCUCUCCCUUUGCUCUUUCAUACUCUACUCUGUGCGAAGGCAAGAGAGAGCAGUAGAUUGCAAUAAGAUAACCAAUUAUAUGCUAGAGGAAACCUGACUUUUUUUUCCAACUGCAGUUAUCUGAUGCUGCGGUGAGCAGAGGCAAAGGGCUGGGGUAAUGUGACAUUCACUCUGCCCUUUAUCGUCUCUCAUCACUGUUUACUCCAGUCAGUUAAAAGUGGCUUGUGCUCUGCAUCCUUUCCUGCUGCCAGAGAAACCUCAGCAACACGUGCUCACGCAGAAACACUUUGUCUCCUGCUGUAUACACAUUAACACAAAAACCAUCACUUACACACACUCUCACACUUAUACACUAAGCCGCAGAGCGUGAGUGUCAGGUAGACUGGUGGGACAACUUCUCUCUUAGUAGCGCCUGGGAUGUUAAGAAUAGCACUACUGUUCCUCUAAUGGCUAGAUGCUAAUUGCCUGUGAUGCUACUGGGCUUUGUGCUCAGAAAGUGUUUCCCAACACUGGUUAGCUGGCAGUACGUUGAAGGCCACCGCGGCAGGAUGAGGGAGGCUGUGUGGCUGGCACUUUGGUCUGACAUAUUUUUUUCUGUUACACCCAUGCACAUGCACUCACACUUGGCGCACGUACUCAAUGCUUUUGACCUCUUUUGCAUACUGCUCUAGUUACUGCACAUACAGACUGAUAACGCUGGUGUAAACUAUAUGUCUUGGUUCAUCGAACAAUUCAUAUAGACUGAGAAGUUGUGAUCAAACUCCCCAACUGAAUAUAUUUUACACAAACAUAAAACAACAGGGAUGCAGUCAAACCUGUUACAGAUUAUUAUUUUUCAAUGUUAAGGGCUGGAGAAAGAGGUUAAAGUACUUCAUUGGCUCACCUUUGAUGUUAAUUAGAUAAAACUGGUAGCAGAGAGUUGCUCACGAAUUACCAAGAUUGAUGAUUAUGUUAUCGUUAGCAAGUUAACAGGAGCAUUCAUCUCUAUUGAGAGGUCUGGUUUGUUGAAAUUCUGGUUAAUUCAAAGUAAAAAAAAAUAAAAUAAAUCAUCUUCUUUCUGUUUGCAGGUAUAAAAAAAAUGAUAUGCACCUACUACACAUCAGUGCAUAAGAAAGACAGAAAAUAUAUAAUUAUCCAGGACAACCUACUUUGAAGACAUAUACACAACGUGGUUUUGUCACAAUCAGUCCAGGUUCACAGUUCAGAGUUUCCUUCAAGGACUUGAUUUAGACUCAAAAACAAGUGCUGGGUACUCAACUUGGACUCGACGUAGACUUGAACAUACAUGGCUCAAGACUGGACUCAAACUUUAGGUUUAGUGAUUCAGCUACAACACUGUUUCCCACUAGUAGUCUACUAAAUGCAUUUAAAAAACAACAACCAGGAAAAUUAUGUUUUAAUAUUCUUUCUUUUUGCUUUGAGACUCUUAUUUAUGUAACCUGCCUUUUGGCUCACAGGUUUUAUAUAUAUAUAUAUGAAUGUGUUCUGGGUAGUAGCAUGUUGCCUGGUUAGUUGCUUCAUGAGAUUAGACUUAUUAGUCUUGGCAGUGAGCUUUUUUUUUUUCAACUGCAUUACUAGGAUGCUAAAGACCACCUUAUUCUUGCCCAUUUCCUCUCGGUGAUUAAAAAUAAUGCUGGUGUUUUUAAUAUAGAAAGCUCACAAUUGAUCAUCAGCCAUUAUGCAGUAUGCAUUUACUGCUGGAGAUUGUCCUUCUCCUAGGAUGCUGCUGUGCUGAUGUUUGCUAUAUGAUGUAUAAAACAAGUACGAUUCCUUUCAAAUUUUUGAAAAGUAACUACAGGUAAAUAUUAUAUAGGUCAAUAUUACUAGUUACCACAAAUUCUGAAGGUACAAUAACCUAAAAGCACAUUACUCACAACACUUGGCAGGGCAAGAGCUGUUUUUAGCUGCGUCUAGCGAAAACAUCUGCCAGCUUUGGUAUUGAAUAAUGCAGUAAAAAGUAUGUAAUUGUUAGUUUCAAUUUUACCAAACAAACCUCAGACAAAUGAGGGUCAAAUUUAGGAUGUGGUUUUUGUUGAAUGCUUGUGUUUAGACAAUAAUCCAUGAAAUUACUUGAAAGAGUGUCGUAGUUGGGUUAUUUUGGUGUUUAUAGUAGGAGAGGAGGACAGAAAAAUGGUGAGGAAUAAACAGACUUCAUAAAACAGGUUUGACAUAUUGAUCAAUAACUGCUGUUUAAAAAGCUUCAAAUUUUAUCCUCUUUUGAACUUGCAAACUUGCAGUGAACCAGAGUUCACAGUGGAAACAAAACCUUAUUUAGAAGCCCCACCUGGCCUAGCUCCACACUACACACACACACAUACACACACGUGCCUUUCUCUUCAAUCUCCCCUUCCAUCUAUGCUGUUGACUGUCACUUCUGUUUUGUGGUUGCUCCAGUGCAACAGAAAGUGGAUGAAUGGGAGCCUUAGCCUGCCUUUUAUUUUUACACACCACAAGGUAUAGGUGGAGCCGGAAGCGGUUGGAGCCUUUUCUUUUUUGUCUUAUGUAAAAAAGAUUUAUCUUUUUCCUAAGAUUUUUCUAAUGGGGAUUGUGUGUGAGAGUGUAUGUGUGUGUCGACCUUAUCACAACAGACUGAGGCUCAUUAGAUCUGAGCCAAAGGAUCGCUGAUGGUAAAGCCAAAUAUUAACUGAAUCAGCUGGAAAGGGCAUUUUGAAAGCUUUUGAGUUUUGCAACUGCCCUUUGAGAAAAUGCAAUACCUCAAAGACUUCUGUUUUUGAUUAUCCAACUACAUAUGUGGUUGGCCUGGGGCCAGCAAAGUCCAGACAGAAUUCCAUCAAAAUCCCUCUGUGAGAUAUGCAGAUCUGCUCUGUGUAUGCUGACAGUAUCUGAUCAUGUCGUUUCUGCGGCCCACUGACCAGAGCACACUGUGUCCAGAUAAACACAGCCAGGUUUUGCAUAUGAAAAUGAACCACGCAGCUGAUAAAGGUGAGGUUACAUCAAAUGCUGGGCGUUGGUGGAUGUGACCCCGGUGUUGCUGCAUCUGAGUGUGCACAUGUAAGUGUGUGUGCAUAAAGUGUGUGCAGGAUCAUACUCUCACACCCAGGAAGAGGCCCUGUUUCCCUUAUCUAACGACAACAGAGCAUGUGUCGCCAUGGCCACAGGCUGCGCUUUUUAUGGGCUUUGUGUGUGUGUGUGUGUGUGUGUGUGUGUGUGUGUGUGUGUGUGUGUGUGUGUGUGUGUGUGUGUGUGUGUGCCAUAUUCAUUGUUUGCCCAUGUUCAUUGUUUGCUUGGGGCGUGGUGCAAUACCAGAACUGUUACUUUAGUCUCUUUUCUCUCCCUCUCUGUUACAACUCUGAACAUUAGCUUUAAAUAGAUCUUUCUGUCUUUCUUUUCUCUUUUUCCCUUUUCUUUCUUUCUUUCUUUCUUUCUUUCUUUCUUUCUUUCUUUCUUUCUUUCUAAGCACCUUUGGCCCCUCUCUGGUUUGGAGUCUGUGUUGAACAUAUUUUCACUCAGGUCUGUCUCCCUGCGUCUUUCUGUCUUUCACUCUGUGUGUCUCAUUCUUUCUAUCUUUUGAACCGAUGGUGAGAAGUUGGGCGACAUCUAAAUUCAGAGGCACACUGUCUCAGGUUAGGGUUCGUCGGGUCUCUCCUACAGCUUAAUUGAACAGAGGAUGAGAGAGAGAGAGAGAGAGAGAGAGAGAUGUAAAAAGGGAAAUGGGGUGGGGUAUGAAGAAGGGUGCUCAAACAGGCAUACAUAUUGCAUGAGCUUCCCCUCCCACCGCCACCACCACCACCACACCCCUUUCUUCACAGAAUGGCUGUGUACUGUUCUGGGCUUAUUAAUUCCGCUCUGUGAGAGAAUUAUUUUUAGAGAGUUGGUAUACUGGCAAAGGCUUUUAAAGUCACAGGUAUAACGCAUUCUGCUUAUAGUUCCCCUUUUUAAAAAUUGAGAAGUUCUAAAAGUUUGCUGUAGCUCCUCAGUGUGGGACUGUAUGUUUUGGUUUGUUUGUGUCUUUUUUUGCACCUGAUACAAGGUAAAAGCUACAUCUUGACAUGAUCUGUACCUUUGGGCAUAUGAUACUUAAGUCCAGCUGUUGAGGAAAAAUGACUGACCAUUUCCACUUAAAAACAGUUAUUCUGUAACACUGGCCUGUCUUCAGUUUGUAACUGUUCAGUUUAUUUAACCUUUUAUAAUUUUACUGUAGAAAAGAGUUUCAUUCACACAGCUUGUCCAGGUAUUACUCCAUAAACUAUAAGUAGCCUUCAGAAGAGUUAAGCAUCUUAAAUAACAAAAUGACACGUUUUGUAAAAAAUGUAUUUGUAUAAGUAACAAAGUUAGAAAAUAAGACCACCUACUAUAUGACUAUAUCCACAGCAAAGAUUCACAGUGAUUAAAUGAAUGAGUAAUGUUUUGAAAGUUGGAAGAAAGCUGGAUGAGUUUUUUUUUUUCCAUCAGAAACUAUUAUUUACUCAUGUACAGAAAGAUAAGAGAUAGCACUCUGUCCACAAGGGGAACCACAAUCAAAAGUUAAACUUCCCCACAGAAGUUUGAAGUUUUUGAUUUGUGAUGUAGAAGAAAAGAGGAAACACACAUACUUUUUAAAAUGUUUUGCUUGCACAAAAGUACAUAUUUACAGUAUUAGACCCUUCAAGCGGUGUGAGGUGAGACUGUGAUAAACCUGAGUUGCAGUGGAUCAGGGUCGUCAACAUCAAUGCAUGAAUCAAGAUCCAAUAAAGGUCUUAAAUGUAAGACUCUUUUUUUAGUUUCUGGCACUGUAGUUUAACCUCUGCAGUGUCAUCCUGCGACUGUGAUGAAAAUUAUGACACCGCUGCCUUUUUGAUGGCAUGGAAUUUACUUAAAAGACUCCCUGGUUAAAAGUUAUAUGUACUUUGAGUUGUAAUAACUAUUUUAAAGCGAAGCAUGCAGGUGCUUAAUCAAAAAAAUUAAUCACAGCACCGAUAGGUGGCAGCUGACUGACACCCUCCCUAUAGCAUUUGUGAGACUAGGGGCUCUAUUUUCGUGCCUCGCCGGUGGCGUGGCAUGGCGCAGGCGCGGCGUAAGUCAUGUCCACCACGCCGAUAAGGCGUGCCGUAGCACACUUUGGUAUUUUGGUGAGCGGCGCAGCCCGCUGUAAGUAUUUCCCCUCCCUAACCCAGCUCCUCCCAGCGGCGUAAGUUGUAGAGAGGGAGGGGAUAAGGCGUGAAGUGGGUCUAACACAGCCAGGACCUGUUUUCGCCAAUCUCAUCAGCUCCAAACUGGCUGUGCGCUGGGCUCCGCCAGACAAAAUAACCACUGCGCGGGGUGCGCCACCCUCUGCCAUGCCACCGGCGGGCACGGAAAUAGAGCCCUAGGGGUCUAGGGGACAUCCACAAGUUCAGUUUAGUUUAUUAGUUCAUCAGACAGGGACGGUGCAUUGUAAAGCUGCUGAGCCAGAGAUAAAUGACAUGUGUGGUCUUUGGGUGAGAAGGUUUAUUAGACACACAAUACAAACAAUUGAAUAACAGCAUUUAAACAACUAAAAGCAAUGCAAACUUUACAAACAGUGCGUCACAUAAAACAACAUUAACAGCGUCUAUUACUUUCUCUUUGGAUCUGUUUCAUACAGAGGUUUGACCAAUGACUAGAGGGCUGGUUUGUCAUGAGCUUGACAUGAGUUUGUUUUAAAAACACAGCGUGUUUACAGUCUCUGAUACUGGUCCAAACUGAGCUCCACUUUUCUGCAUCUUUAACUGAAAAUGCAGAUUGUCAAGCUGAAAAGUCACCUCUUGCAGAUGCUUUUGAUCCCUGCAGAGGGGCAUAUUGUUUAUGUGGUGAUUGUGUCUGAUCACAUAUCAAUUUCUAAGUCAGACACAUAUCUGCUAAAAGUUUCCAGACUCUGAAGCUGUCUCAUACCUCAUAGUCAUGAUUUCAGACCAUACUGGUGUGAAUGUAAUAAAAUCUAAAAGAUUUGUUAGAUUGUGAAGUACAUUUACUGGCAUUCAUUUAAUUCCUAACUGAAGACACUGGUAAGAAUUGCUUUACAUUGUUUAUAUAGACUUAAAAGUGUGUUGGAAUGUGAAGGGGGGUCAAAUAUGAUUAUAAAUGUUAAAAAGUUCAGUUAAUUAGGGUUGUAAAAUCAAUCAUUUUGUCGCCUUAUCAUGGUGUCAGUAGUAUUAUCAGGCACAAACCAGCUGGUUAUUAAAGUAUGCAUAACCAAAAUCGGUAUUUGUCUCUAUUGAAGUUUUUCAAACCAAGACCAGUGUGUCUUUUUUUCACCCUCUAGAUUUGAAAUGUUAUUUUUUCCUCCUAUUAUCAGAUCCUUUCACACUAAUGACUGGACAGUCAUAGAAAAGCACAGGCACACAAGCGGUCCAUCAGCGCCCCGCCCCCUCCACAGACAGAUGUUGUUCUGAAGGCUUUAUGAGAUGCUUAUAUGAAUUGUCCAUCACUCAAAACCAAUCUUCAAUGGAGUAUGUAAUUUUGCCUCCAAUCCUGCCAUCAGCUGUCUCACCGGUGUGCCCCAAGAUGAAAAGAUCCCAGCAUUGUGUUGCACCAUUAGCACUGUGUAAAUAUUACAUGUUUUCCCUGGAUAUGCUAGUUAGCAUUACUUCCACCUUGUGGCUUCAUUAUUUUUGAAACGCUGAGCUUUGUCGAUGAUUGCGAGGCAUGACCUAGUUCUGGGACUCUCUCUUUCUCUUUCCCUUUCACUGUCUUGACUUUCUCACUUUUCUUCCUCAUUUACUGAUUCUCCACAUCUUUGUCAUUCUCUCUCUACCACUCCACCUCAUUUUCUCCUCUCUCUGAAUCUGUCUUCCUCUCUCUUUGUCAUUUAUUCAUUGUCUUUCUCCAUUCACUGCCUCAGCAUCUCCUUCAGCCUUUGAGUCUGCCUCUCUCUUACUCUCAUCCUCCUUCUCUCUCAUGUAUGCAUUCUUUAUUUCUCAAUUUGUCUCCCUUCCACAUCCUAUUAUUAUUUUCCUCUAUUCUUACAUUCCUCCCUCUCUUCUCCUCCCAGGCUCUCCAUCCCUCUUCUCCAUGUUUUUAUUCCUCUCUCUCAGCACCGCAUGUGUCACGGAGGGAAACAUCGCGAGCAGUGGUCCCUGCUGAACAAUUACCAUGCAAAGCAAUCCAAAUAGAGAUGUUUGCCGAAAACAACAUGUGUGUAAUUACUGCUUAAUGAGGCCCUUGUCUCAGGCAGAAUGCCCAAUUAGACUGCCGAUGAGAAAGCGAUGCCAAGGCCUCGCUGAAGAAAGAGAGAGAAGGAGGGGUAGGGAUGGAGAAGGAGAAGUAGUGAGAUAAGGAGAGAUGUGGGGACUGUAAGAGAACAUGGGAAACAGAAGAGAGAGGAAGCAGUGAGGAGGAAAACUAGAAAAGAGGAACACAGUUAAAGCUAAGGGGAGUUGAAAUACAAAAAUGGAGAGAGUGAGAGAAAAGAGCAAGAGGGAGAAAGUGAAGAGAAGAGGAACUGCAGAGAAAAGAGAAGAUGAUUUCUGCAGUAAAUGUGGAGUAAUGGCAGAGCUGAUAGCAUUGAGCCGAGGAUAAAUUGGCAUUUUAAGUGGGAGAGCGAGGCAGUGCAAAGGAGAGCUUUCGAGAGAGAGGAGCAGGGGGAAACAGCUUUAUAUUGCAAUAUAUGGGCAGCCAUGUUGCAGCACAAAAUGGCUGACCUUUGUAGACUUUCUGUUGAAUAUUGAAUAGCAGGCAUUAUUGGCGUGAACAGUUCUUUUGUUUCUUCCUUUAAAGCUUGAAAGAACAGCAGAAAUGCUCUUCAACCAAUGAUUUCCAGGGUGAACACCAGAGCAAAUUUUAAAUUCCUUCAGUCAGGCAAGGACAUGAGGCUUUUUGGACACGUCUCUGUGGUCAGCGUAGAUUUGAUGCUCUCUGUGAGCUACAGACACUUUGUACUGUCAGGUGAUUGACACCAUCAUGCUUCGUUAAGCUAAUUAGUGUCCCCAUCUCCUGAAUGUAGCACAAAACAAUCAGUCAACAUCCACUUAGGCUUAAAACAAAUCUGUAGUCUUUACUGUUUGCCUUUAGAUUAAUCGUGUGUGGUGUGAAUGAGGCUCAUUGCUAGUGCUUGUCUCAGUUUCGUGCUUGUGGCUGGAUGUGAAUGUAAUCAUUAGAAUAACCAAGUGAAUCCUCACAAGGGCCUCCAUGAUAUGCAUCGUUAACCAACCAUUGCCCCGAGGCAGACGCUCAUUCCCCGGGCCUUUCUCCUGCAAUAAUGUACAGUAAUUUCUCUUUCUCACCACUCACAUGCUCAUUUAGCUGCUUUCACUUUUUCCCUUCCUAACAGUGGAGAUAUUACAUUUCACCCCCAGGAAUUCUGCCCAUUUCCGUCCAUUAUAGGCUUCCUCAUUGGGCAUUGUUUUUAGCAGGUAUGCCUCAUGAAACCUUUGUAGUCAGUUACAUCCAGGGUGUGUUUAUCUUUGCAGCGUUCAGUCGCUUUUACCAUAACAGCAAAGCAGACCACCCUAACCGAGAAAAAAAAGGCCUGUCAUAUCUUUAAAUCUAGGAAUCUGAAAUGGAAUGUCGUCUAGUUUGAUCAUGUUGUCUCUGCUGUCUUUUUCUGAGUCUCCUGUGCACUGAUAUCACGAAGAAUGACCCCCUUCAACAAAAAGCACGGAGGUUUCAUGUGACAUGUUUGGUUUCUAUGUGUGUAUGUGUGUGUGCGUGCGCGUGUGUUAUUAUCCAGUCAAGUCAAGGUUUGUUCCAUUUGCUGCAGGAGUGUUGUGACAAAGCUUUGUGCCUUUGUAAGCCAAGGACAUUCUCCAAUAUAGCUCCUCUUAACAUGGUAGCAGUCUGUCAGUCACCUUGACUCUGCACGGGUUCAGUUUCUGAUCCAUUUGUCGGACAGUUUUUUUUUUUUCUUUCUUUUUUUCUCUUGCUAAAAUCAGUGUUGGUUUUUCUGCAUUUGCAGCCCUCUAAAAGAUGACCCUAGUGGGGGAUUCCUCACAAUACACCCAACAUCACAGAUAGUAUGUAGCAUGAAGCAUUUAACAGUUGACCUGGUACAAUUUCCCAGCACCCUCUCAGGUCAGGGGUCCCUUGUUGUUACGGGGGUACUAGCCUUGUGUCAAACUGUGUUUUGGCACCUGCAGCAAGUGAUCUUUCAAAGCCUGAUUAACCCAAUCCUGAAGACACAGCAGCCCUCCAAGUGCAGUACACUUACUAGCACACACACACACACACACACUAACAUUCCAAAUCCACAGCGCCAAAGCAAGCACACACACCCUUCACCACAGUCACAGUUUCAUUCACACUCAUUCUCUGUCUUGUACACACAGCGGCGCCCACAGGGAAAAGCCCAUCUCUCGUCACUGUGCUCAUGUAGCCUAAUUACCGGCCCGCUGACGAACAGUAAUUACCCACGCUGCCAUGCCACCACGAGGUUUAACCAAAGUGACAAAGUCAUUAGUCUCACACUUCAGGCCACCCGUAAAGAGCUUUUCCUCUUCACACCUCCUCCCUGGACUCCAGUAUAUUUUUUUCACAACUCCUCUUGCGUAGCCAACCAUGUUAAUAUCUCUUUUCUUUUUCUGUCCACAGUUUGAUGGUGACAACAUGUACAUGAAUGACAAUAACCAAGAGUUUCGGUCUCCAAACCAGGUAAGGAAGAACCCCACAGACAUGUAUAAAAAGUCACCCACAUAGUAGGUGUUGUAUAUUCCAGGCGUCAGCUUUAAAAAAAAAAAAAGGGGAACUCAUCAAAGCAUGAGUUUAAGUGUAUUUUUAAAAAAUGACUCACUGUCGUUAAAGGUGUCUGUUAAGUGAAGAUGGGGUUGUUUUUAUGUAAAAAUAGAGCCAUGUUUAUCUGAAAAAAAAUAAAAACAGUACAUAAACACCAUAGGUUUUUUAGCCUGUCAUAUAGUUGAUUUAUGAAAUGUCAGAUAGCAUCCUUACCUUGACCUCUUUAUAACUCUGACGGCUUGAGGAUCUGCUAAAUCCUCUCAUCCUUGUUCUCAUAAUCCUAGAGUUAGAUAUGUUUUGAAAUAUGAGGCUUAUAGACAAAGCCACCAUUCACUGUUUAUUCAUGCAAACUAUAUCACUCUAUAUAAACUCCAUGUCAAAAUUACAAGAAGUGAUGGUGUGAAGUUUCAAUUUUCAACAUGUUCGAGUGGACAACACUUGGAGAUGUGUAAAAUGAUGGACUUGUAUUUUCUAAACUCUGCAAAAUAUAGAUAUUUAUUACAUGUUGGUUUUAGAUAAACUGCUGUAAAAACUUGUUAUUGUAUUGAACAAGUUUAGUCUCUCUUUAAGAGUUGCUUUGAGCUUUUAACAAAAAUUGACCAUGUACUUACAGUGGCUAUCUUUUUGUGACUUUGCACAUCAGGAUGAGAAGCUCAAAUUGUCAUUAUAUUACUGAGUAUAAGUAUUAAGUGCUCUUGCUCAAGUUGGCUGCAAUUCAUCUUACUGUGUAUGAGCAGGGUUUGGUUCCAUCUCUAGAUUGACUGUGGGAUGUGAAAUGAAGUACUGCUAAAUCUGUGUAGCUAAAGAAAACCACAUUUAAUUAAGGUUUAUAGAUCAUCUUUUACACUAUAACACCUCCAUUAAAGGUGAACACACAAAAAAUGAAUAAUUAUAAGCAGUUUACCAAUUAAUGAACAUUUGCCCCAGUGUUUCUACUUCCCUUGCUGGGACAGCAGUAGGAUGACUUGGUCACACUAUUACACCUCUGAGAUAUUUGUAUUGAGGUCCAAGUGUUACAUGGGCCUUGAGCUGGCAAUACAAAAGGGCUGCUGUAAACAGAGAAAAAAUUAGACCUGCCGGGCAUGUUAGCCCGGUCUCUCUAGAAGUAUUUGUAUGCUGAGGCAUUUGUCUGAAGGGACAGCUUUGCCCUUGUACAAUCUCCCUGUGUGCCUACAAUAAGCUCUAAGUUUUAAAGGUACGGUUAGGGCUGGGUGAUAUCAGUCGAUAUUGAUAUAUAUCAAAUAUAAAAAAUUAAAUUUAACAGUUGUUAUUGGCAGGAAGUCUUUUGCAAUACAAUAAGCUAGUGCAUCUGUGAGGUCUGUGUGUCUCUCCUGCUACACAGUUGUUUGCUACUUGGUUCUAAUUCAGCACAUGAUUGGUUGAGCACAAAGCAGACCCGGAGCAACUCCUCUUUUCAUUGGCUAUUUGUUUAGUCUACCAAAACAUGUCAGAAUGCCGACUAUCGAAACAUGAAUUGGCCAUGCUUUAUAUUGAUAUUAAGGGAAAUUAAUUUCUGAUAUAUAUCGUUAUCAUUUUAUCGCCCAGCCCUAGGUACAGUGCUGUUUUAACUCAUCAGUAGUUUUAGUGAAUCUGCUAGAAUUCCUGUCUUAAUGGUUUCUUACUCCUGUAUCAUCCAUCCUAGUUUUGGGACCCAGCUGGGUUUGGCUUCAUUGUCUCAAAGCCAGAUUGAGCCAUUGGCAAUAUCAACUCUUCUGUUGUCAGCUUGUUGCCUGAAAUAGCUUAAUGAAAUGAGUGGUUUGUCUGGUCAUGUGAUCAUUCAAGCUUUUAAACACAAGAUCAUAAAAUAGCACUUGUAAGGAAGCAAAACUGGAUUUUAUGCAGCAGAUAUUUCUAAAAAUAUGUAUUAAAAUUUGGGGUCAGUGAUGUUUUGGUUUGGUAGGAAAACAGAGUUCAAACAUCAUUAAAACGGCCUCCAUGACUCUCACCCUCUGCUGCUAAGUCAGAAAAACAUUAAGUCCUCUAAGCCAGAGUGUCUCUUUGACAUGUACCAUUUGAUAGAUGAUUUUAUCCAAAGCACACUGCUGUAACAUAUGUGUGUCUUUAACAUGAGAAGGAUUAAACCAACAGCCCUGACAGUCGCUGUAGUGUCAUCCCACUGAGACUGUCAGGUCACCGACAGAUAAACAGCCCCGAACGUUUCACUUUGCCAGGCUCAUUGAAGUUCUGGUACCAGUCUAGAGCGACACAGUCACAGUUUUACAGUCAGUUAGUUAGACAGGCACGGUGCUGACUGCUCCCAGCUGGUGGAUGGGAACACAUGGCCGGACAUAUGGCAGAAUUUGGAGCUCCAGGAUUUGUUGAUCCAGCAGCGAGGCCUUCAUGUUCUGACAAAACACAACGAGGUGGAGGCUCCUCGUCAAUUAGCGCCCCACCAAAUACUGUCAGGGAGUUAACAGACAAGGCCAGACGGCACAGGACACAGGACACACACAGACAAAUACACACACACAGACACAGGCUGUAAUGGAAGGUGACACAUCGUCUGACACUAAGUUAUUCAUAGGACCUAAGCACAUGGGCAGGUAGGCGACCUGAGUUUCAGCUCACUCAAUCACACUGAACAAAUGUGCACAAACACUCACUAGUCCCACCAUCUAUACUUGUAUGGAUGCACAGUGACAAAAUGCAUUCCUUUGUCCAUAACCCUUAAAGAUUUCAGGGAUAGAAACCUAACAUUAAAGGGCUAGUUCAUCAAAUUAACAAAAACAUUGUAAAUGGAUUUAUUUUUUAUUGUAUGUUCAGUGUAUGGAAAAGCAUACAGUUUUAGAUCAGUCUGUUAAAGUUUAGCAUAGCUGACAAGUCCCCUGUGUAUGAAAUGUUCUCAAGAGACUCAACAAACCACUUCCCUUGUAAAACACAGUUUUGUUGUUCUGAAUCGACAAACCUCUCUUUGAACUUUUUUAAACUGGAGUUAUAGUACCUUUAAGUUGGAAUUUGGGCAAACUGACCCUUUAAAACCAAACCUAAUUAUAACAUUAAGCCUAAAACAAUGUCUUAACCCUCAAACAUUCCUUUGAAGAAGCCGAAAAAAUGUCCUCACUCUACAAAAAUGUGCUUACUAUAUGGGUGUAAAAUAUAAAUUGGACCCUGCAAACACUGACGAACGAGAACACAUGUAUGUGCCCAUAAACAUGCACAUAUGGGCACACACACACACACACACACACACACACACACACACACACACACACACACACACACACACACACACACACACACACACACACACUUAUAGUCUCAUAAACCUUCACACACACACACACACACACACACACACAUAUGCACACACUAUCAUCCUAUAGCUAUAAGGUUGCCUUUCCUUUGAUGUUGGGAUUGAGUGACUGGAAUGAAGGGUCGGGUGGGAGCUUUAGCAGCUUAUUGUCUACUUAUAGCACACAUCAUAGACUCUGAGGUCUGUCGUUGUUGGCCACAUUUCUGCUCUAAUUAUGUCAGAUUGCUUGCAAACAUGGCUGUGUGCUAAUUGGGAUAAAUGUCCAGCUUUGUAGUUCCUCUGCCGCAUGGUCAUGUGUCAAUCAUCGACACCCGCUGCAGGUUUGCAGUGUUGUGUCAACAAAUACCUUCUUAGUGGAUAAGGCAAUUUGGGCUUUUCAAAACAUGUCAGUUGCAGUUGAUGCUUUGUCAGUGCCGUCAAAUAGAAGCUUACACACCAGUUCUGAAAACCCUGCAAAUAUAAGAGUUCACAGUUUGGCUUACGAUGUGUUAAUACAGCAUAUUUAAAUUAAAACUGAAAGAAGGUGGGUGUGCAUUUUAUUGCUCUGAAGCCGAAGGUUAAACAGACUUCUUCAAGCAUAUUAGAAUAAAUGUUACUGCAAACCUAAUAACAUGUUAUUUUUUUAUUUUGGCACACUUUCACACUGUCUUUAGUUUCCAUCCAGAGGUUUUUUAGAGCUUGCCAAAUCAUUAAAUUCUAUUCUUGUCUUGUGCAUAUGUUACACAAAUGUUUCCUUAUAAUUCAGCAUGUCCUCUGGUAUUAGGAUCCUGACCAGAAUUAAUCAUUUCUGUGGAUUUGAACAGUACUUGGGUACAGGCCAUGAAUUUGCAAAGAUUAAUCCACUAAAGGGGUCUGAAGAGGUAAAACAGAAUUAUUUUCAAAGCCACCACAUCUUAGGAAUAUCUGCAUUUACUUUAUGCAACCUAUAAAUGUCAUCACUGUGCUUGCUGUGCAUGUAAAUCAAUCAUGUCUUAAUUGGGGCUUAAUUGCAUGCAUUAGCAGUGCUGCACUUUAUCACACACUGCCUGCUUUUGAAAUGAACCCUGGCAAAUUAGAGGUUCAAAUAUGGAAUCAAUUUUUGCAUCAAUUUGAAAUAGCUAUUAUUUUAAUAUAUAUUUGCUGCUAAGUGUAUUUUCUUUUUUUUUUUUAUGUGUCCCUUAUUUUAUCAGAUAUGUUUCUUAUCUGUCUGUAGGGAAGUGCUAGAUGCAAAGAUGCUAUACAGCUACAUUUUCCCCAUAUCGCUUAUGUUUCCUCUAUAAGCGCAGAAUAAUUCAAAAGUGCUCAUUCAGGGUUUGGAAAUGUACAUUUAUGCUGGUCCAACAUAUUGUGAAAAAGAAAAACCUUGUUGCCUUUAUGCAGGGGUUAACACUGAGUUGAGAUGCCCACACACCAUUUACAUGACGUGUGCCUGUGAAAAAGGUGCAUGUAGCCAGAACAGAGGCUCCUUUGUUUGCAUGUCUGGGGUCUUCCACAGUGUACGCACUGAGGUAGCACUUUGACACAGCCAAGAGAUUGCAUUACACAUAACAUCUCUGGGUUUUUAAAAAGAGAAAACCACUAAUCAGAAACAGCUUUAAAGGGACGUUUACUGUAUUCUCGGACACAAUCUGUCCAUUCAAACAAGAUGUUUUCGAGGCUUUGAAAGCUGUAUGGUUUCUGUAAAAGGACAUGCACAUAUGGAGCUCACAGACAGUUUUGAUCAUGUUGAUGUUUUACACUUAAAUCAUCUGCUGAGGUUUCAGCCUACAUGUAGAAGUGUGGGUGUUUUUUGUUGUUUAAUGUUUUUUUAGGUCUACAUAUAAAAAAAAAAACAACUGAGGGAAUAUAUAUAUAUAUAUAUAUAUAUAUAUAUAUAUAUAUAUAUAAUUCUUUUUUGAUCAAUGAUGAAAUAAUAUCAACUAUCCUGAAUGCUUUUAUGAGCGCUACAGAUUUUUUUUAUUAUUUACUUGUUACAGAAGUCCCAAAAACUUCCCACAUGUCAGAUUUUAUCAAGGAUUUAAAUGUUAUGGAGUUACACUUAAGUCAGUCAAACCUUCCUACAAUUAAUAUAAACUGAAGACAUGUCCGUUUACCUUUGUAUUACAAAAAAUGUUAACCACUGAAACCUCCGGCUUAUAAUUCAUCAGUCACAUUGUCCUGGUGGCUCGAAGCCUACCAUGUGUCUACCUGUCAAGAGUUAGGAGAGUAUCAGCUCUGUUGGAUAACCUAGUUGUCAUAAUCUUCACACCUCUUUGUAGUGGAGACAAUCUUUCAUUGAACUGGGUAGGGGUCUACAAUGUGAAGCACAGCUGUUUAAAAAAUUUAAAAAUGGGCUCUUAUUAAGACUCAUGCAACUGUUGAACCCAGCAGCAUCUUUGUAUUUUCUUCCUAAGCUUAACAUUACACAUGCUUAGAGGCUGUAGCACCACUGGCAUCUUUCACCUCCUCAAUGGGCAGCACCUCUAGCAUUGCAAAGCACUGAAAAGAGCUUGGCAGCUGAUAAGCUUUUGUCCUCCCGGCACGGCUUAUAUGUCAUUGUGAAGUUGUUCUUGUCCAUUUCGCCUUACAAAUCAAACUGCAUACAUGUUGCCCGCUCUGUGCCCCUACUCAGGACACAAACGUAGGUUCACCUCCUGCUGGUCUUGGUCUCCACACAGCAAACUGCCAUGAAGUAGGGGGGAAACUGGAGUGUUUCAGGAAUUUACUGUUGUUACCAAAGUAAAAUACAACUCUUAGUCCAAUAACGGAUUACCUUUAUGUAAAGGUAUGUAACGGAUUACUUUAUUGCAUAAAUACUGUUGUGUGUUGCUCAUUACUGCAAAAAGUGAUGGAGCACUCAAAUGGUUACCUUGUCAUGAAUUAUCCCCAACACUGAAAUUGGCAUCACAGAUGGUAAAAUUAAAACCCUUCCCAAGCAAAGACACUGAAGCAUGGUUUCAGUCUAACAAAGUAACCACAAAAAAUGCAAUUAAAUUGGACUAUCAGGCUUUCAUGUACAUGCAUACCAUAUAAUAGUGACUGCUGUGUAUGUUACUGCAGCUCUAUAAUAGCUACAUGAGAAUGAUCACAGCCAAACCAAAAGGGCUGCCUCCAGCCAAACCCGCACACAGUCUAAUUUUGUACAAAGGACAAUUGGUGUUCUUCAUUUGGAUUCAGAUCAGGCCUGAUCUCUUGAAGUGACUUUGCAGACUUGGACCCCAGUGUAUAUUUUUGUGUGUUUGGCUGGCCUCUUCUCUCCCUAUAAUCAGUCUGUGCAUCAUGUGGAUGCAUGUCCGUGUAAGUGUGUGCAUAGGAUAGAUUAGGGAAAAUUAGAGACCAAAGUAUGAAAAAAAAAGCUGGUUAGAGAGGAAGUUUGAAAGAGAAAAGCAGCCAGUGGCAGGAAGAGGGGGAGUUCUGUACGUCUCUUCCUCUCUUGUGUAGUACUUGUUGCAUUGUGUUCAUGCGCAGGAGAGGAAACUCAGGGGCCACAUGGUCUUCAGAGAAGCAGCAAGUUUCAGCCUGUUUGUGCUUUUGUGCUUCUCUGUUUCCAGGUGUCUUGCUGUGCUGUGUGUCUCUAUCGAUUUGGCCGGCUGCAAGAGAGCAGUGGCUGAUGGUUGAGAUUAGAAUAGAAACCUCACUUGUUGGAUACUCUCUCUCUCUCUCUCUGUCUCUCUCUCUCUCUCUCUCUCUCUCUUUCUUUCUUGCUCCUCAUCUUCCUGUUUCUGUCUCUUUCAGUCUGUUUAUUUUUGUCUGUUUCUUUACUCUGACACUCCCUCACACGCUCUCGUUCUCUGUCUUUGUCCUUCUUUCUCUGUUUUUUCUUUCACCCACAUCCACUCAACUUGUUUCUCCUGCAAAUGUGAAGCUCUCAAACACAUCAUAAACUUUAUGUAGAAAUCAAAACAUCACUUCCCACUCUCACUUUUUCUCUGUGAAACUUAAUUGAUAUCAUAAUUUCAUCAAAGAUGAUGCAAAUGUAUGCAUACAAAGUAAUUAUGCCCAGCACAUCAGAUGUUGCUAACUUCACUGGAAAUAAUUGCCAUUAAGUAAGAAGUGUCUAACAUAGUAGUUUUAUUGAAGUGACUCAAUUUGGUGGUUCUAAAGCCAAAUUUACUUCAAGUGGUUGACUUAGUUAAAUUAAAAUUUAGGCUAGCUAUAAACCAAUUUCAAAAAUUCUCCUUUCCAGUUACUUUCUGCCCAUUACUACUUUAAAGCUCUUGUCAGGGGUUUUAGGAAACAAUAAUAUUGAUGCCUCGAUACGCCUUUUUAACUCAGUUUCUUAAAAAUCCCCUCUUAUCGCUUAUUGAUAACAGGUGAGAACGUUGUACAUUUUUAACUAUCUUCAUAUGCUGUGGUCAGUGAAGUCUUAUAGGACUUAAGAUGGUUAUUAAUGUACAACUUCCUUCCUUGUAGAAUAUGAUAACGCACAAAACAGUGUUAGGUGCUUUAUAAUGAGUAUUUCAGAUACCUCAACAGCAUGGUUCAGAGAAAUGCAUCUAAUGUGUAUUUUAAAGCUCUUAUCAGGAAUUUUCAGUUUGUGCCAAUUUUGGUGCCCCCAGUGGAAAAAGAAGACUCCGCUUAUCUUGUCCUCUGCACUUUAAGUGGUGUCUUCAGACAAAAAAAAAUCUCAUUCUGCUGACUCUUGGCAGUCAAAUGUGUCAUUGUGAUGUUUUUAUAAUGAAGUUAUAAAAACAGGACUGUUUCUUCAGCUGCUAUUUCUACCCUCUUGCUUUGGUUCUAGCAUUAAAAAUUUCACAAUAAUUUCAUCACUCUUGUCACUUAUGGUCUGAUUUGUUUUUGUAUGCCAUUACAAGGCAUCAAUAUGAAUUUUGCAUCUCAUUUACAUUUAAAACCUCCUCUAAAAAACUUGGAAUGCCUAGUUUGACCCGUGUUUGUUAUGUUUUAAUGAAGGACAGCUUUAUGACCCGUACUGCAGUAUACCCACUAUAUUGCAUCCAGUCAGAGGAAAGAGCUCUGAAAUUAAUUAUAGUAGCUGUUGGCCUGUCCACAAUUCUAUACAGUCUUUGACCACCUAAUAUCUGAACACUGUAAAAAUAUGAUGAGAUAGUUGAAAUAAUUUGAUCCAAGUGUGAUAACAAUUAACUGUAAAGUUUAAUAACCAACAUAUUGUAACUCAUUGUUCAAGCUGAGAUAACCUGCUGCCAAAUAUGUCUGACUUCAGUCAAUCAAUCAAUCAAUCAAUCAAUCAAUCAAUCAAUCAAUCAAUCAAUCAAUCAAUCAAUCAAUCAAUCAAUCAAUCAAUCAAUCAAUCAGUCUUUAUUUAUAAAGAGCCAGUUUACAAUAAAGAGCAAGUCUAGGCCUAAUCUAUUCCCAAAUUAUUUCCAAAGCCCAAACACAGGAAAAGAUUCAGUUUUAUCCCAUCUUACCCUCCAUGAUCAGAGCACUUUGCAGCAUUUAGCAAAUUACAGUGACAGGUUAAAAAGUGUCCUUUCAACUAGCCGAGACCUGAAGCCAAUCUGGACUCAUGCUCUGUAACAGGCAGUUGACAUGAUGGUGUCUUGUCCGUAAACCAUAAAUAGUGAUCCAGAUGUUGUUUGGCCUGCAGAAUCAGCUGAUGGGCACCCACCCCCUCCCCCGCCUCUCUCUCUCUCUCUCUGUCUCCCUCUCUUUCUCUCUAAGGCAGAGACACCUCAGUACACCCUGGCACCGCACACCCAAUGUGGGCGAUGUUGAUGUGAAAAGGCACCGUUACUUAACAGUGACUCACAGUGCACCAUUAUACCCCCACCACACAACUGCAACACUCUCCUCACUUCACAACACUCCCCAACCCCCCACCGUAUACUUCACUAAAUGUGUUUCUCUUUCUCUUACUCUCUUUCCAUCCUUGCAUCGUUUCCCUGCAAGUAAAAAUAAAAAAAGUUAGGGGGACAUUUGAGACAAAGGAUGAAACAUGAAAACUGAGGGUCUGAAAACGCCAACACACAUCUCACUCCCUCUUUGAGGCCUUACUGAGCCGCUGGCAAGGUCGCGCAAAUGAAGUAGUGAUACACAUUGUACGGCAAGUAUUUAAAUUUCAAGAGAGCAAACCGUUUUGGUAGCAUAAAAUUCUGAACUGAAAACAGUUUCCAGCUCCAAACCAGCACUGGGGCAUCAAUAUCUGAAAACAAUGCUGGACGAACAUCAGAGAAACAUCAGCACAACAUCCACACCCAUGCUUGGGGGGGAUUGUAAGUUUCAGUUGUAACCAGGGAUCGCUGGUUCUUUAUGUAGGUCAGUCCAUGUCAGCCAAUAAGUCCAAUUACCAUCAGCCUCUGAAAGAGAACAAGCUCUGACCUCUGCUCUGCUUUCAUGGAGCUGAAAGGAAUGCAUGGAUGGAAAUUCUUACUUUGACACAGACAUUAAAUGUCUUGUAAUUGUGGAAAGACAUCAGGAAUUGGAGGAUUUUAAUGAGUAGAAAGUAGGAUGUGAACACCAUGUGAAUGAAAUGUGAAAGAUAGGGAUUUAACAGUGAUGUGAACAGUCAAUGUUUACCUUAUGAAAUCUAAAAAAAAUAAAAAUAAAAUAAAAACAUACUGUUGAUAGCAGAAGAACGGAAAAUGAUCCCACUUUGUGCAGCACACUCCCUCAGCCCCUCUUCGAGUACGCACCAAAAGCAGCAUUUCCUCCCCCCAAAAAACAGCAACUUAUCGGCAGGGAGAGUGCACUCAAUGAUUCAUACACUCUUUUAAGAGAACUUGAAACCUUGGCUCUAUUUCGGUCCCGGCCUCUCUCUCUUUGCUCACUGCACAAGGGAUGGAGCAGAGGGAUUUAGUGGGACUAAGUAGUUUGAUAUUUCUAUUGGUUUUCUGCGUGUAUUUUCACUCUCUCUUUCCUCUCUCUCACAGUGAUCUUUCUCAUCAUAUGGAGACCAAGGUCAUGGCUGAUUGAAAUAUAAUAGAAGUGUAGACAUCUGGCCUAAUACUGUGGGAAGUUAAAUCUAUUUUAAUGGCCCCUGCCGCAGUGGAUUCUCUCUGAUGCACUCUUGCGCUUCACUGACAGUAAAUCACAAUGUUCUCUUAUUACCCUGACUGGAAUGAGGGCAUAGAGAAAGAACAAUGAGGGAUCCACAUCAUUUGUUUUCACCCCUCCCUUGCUUUUUCCUCUCCUCUGCUCUUCUCUCCUCUCCUCAGCUCUGCGCUCCUCCUCUCCUCUCCACUUCGUUUGCGACUCAUAAAGCAAUGGGCUUAAAGAGAGUGACAUCAUGAAAAUAAAAAUAAAGGGGAUUAUGGGUGAGCUAUUGUGCCAUAUGUGAUUACUGGGGCUUCCAUGUUCCCUUGGGGGGGGAUGAGUGACUACGAGACAACAUAUUUUAUUUAUUUAUACGAUUCUCUCUAAUGAAUAAGAAUAGGAAAUGUGGCAGGUCCACAGUAUUGCCCCGCCUGUCAAAAACAGACACAAAAAGUAGCCUACAGUCCAAACAUUUAAGGAUUUCUUUUUCUCUUUGUCCAAAGGUGCAAAGAUCAGGGAUAUUUUUUCACCCUUCAUCUUUGAUCCAUAACUCUGAGGUUUUUCUCUUAAAUUGUACUGACAUAAGUGUGCAGCCCAUGGCCUUAUUUUGCACCUUUUCAGAGCACUUCCUUUGCAGCUGUGUUUUUAAGAGUUCAGACCCAAUCCAGCACAGGUCCACCUGCAUCUGCAAAGAAGAGUCAGGUCCUUUUUACCCACCUAAAUGAGAUCCAUUCUGAUGUGACAUUUGAGAGAAUUACCAGUGCAUGGGGGAGCAGGGAAGAGGUUAGCUCGCUCCUUUGCCAUUGGUUGAAAAAAUACCACAGCCCACCUUUAGUGACGGACGGUACGAAUGACCCUGAGCUACUAUCGGUCAUGGUGAGAUGCCCCAACCCCCUUUUUCCUCCAACCCUACCAAGCGCACUUCACUUAUCCCAGUUCUGUCUUGCUGUCAGUCAGCCUGUGGGUUUGCUGUUCCAUUCUCCCUCUAUUGUACCCACCCUGUCUGCUUCUCCUGAUACAUCACCUAGAUGGAGUUCCUCGUCAUUUCAAAGUCAGGUCAGAUAGCCUUCCUGGACCCUGUAAUGGUCAGUUGUGUGGCACGCCUCAGAAAUGUUCAACAUUGGCUGACGAUGACUUUGAUUUCUUGCCUUUUUCUCUGCUCUUCAAGGUUGGUCCUUGAAGGUGAUCUCUGAAAAAUAAGAAGUUUUAAAGAUUUAAUGUUGCCAUCCGUCUGUCUGGAAAGCAGGGUGGACAUGAAGACCUUUAUGUAUGCACGGCCAGCUGUUGUUUGUCUCUUAAACCAUGCUGCUCUGUCAUAUUUCUCACAAAGUAGCAUAUGGCUGAAUGACUUUCAAUAGGACACUCUAUACUCAUUCAAAGUUACAUGGAUUUAUAGAACAUUUGAGUUUUUUUCAGAUUAGUUUUAUUUAUAAUCUUAUCAGUGUUUUGAAAGAGAGGAAAUACUUUGAAGUUGUCAGUCACUCAGGCUGUAAUAACAAAGUCCAUCAAAGACAGACAGUACUUGUCCCUCCGUCAGCCAUGACAGGCUGUCUGCUGUACUGUGUUACACUUUUCUUCUCCUCUCCAUAAAGAGCACAUUAUUGUUCCCAGAUGAGCUGUCCCCCACUGAACACCUCAUAGACCAUGAGUGGCUCCACCAAGCUAAUGACUUCAUCUUAUUUUCUCAACCAUUUUGUCAAGGAAACUUUUAGCUUAGCUGAUUCAUUUGUUUUCACUUCAGAUAAGAGAACUAGAUAACUUGACAGGGUGGAGCUGUGUAGUCAUAUAGACUUGUCAAUCCAUAAACUUAUAUGUCGUAGUAAUGUCUUGGGUGUUACAGCAUGUACUCUCCACUUUUCUGACUAUAUUAUGUGAAGGAUGUUAACAUAAACUGUUCUCGCAAGCUUUGCAAAUGGCAAAUCCACACAAACACUCAGACCUACAAGCAGGAGAGGGUUUGUAAAAUCUGUUUUGCUGAAUGAAAAUCUUAGAUAUAUUUUCAUAAAAAGAUUCAGCCAAUCAAAAUAUAUAUUUUUACAGAAUAAAUGAUCAUGGUGUUUCUUAUCCUCCAGGCCUCUGAAGCUGUAACUUGUAACUCUGUUGCUCCUCUAGGUGGUCCUGAGUGUGGUUAGAGGUGGCUUUUGUUGCUAUUAAAUUCGGUACUGCGGUUCUCUCCUACACCACCGAAGUAAGGUCAAAAGAUAAAGCGUAUAGAGUCAGCAAGAGCAAGACUUUUGGCCGAGUCAUUCUUUAAAGGAAAGUUCAGGGUUUUUUGUGGGGUUGUGUGAGGUACUGGCAGAUCAGGGCACUGCAGGCGGAUGUGUUGCCUCUGCAAAUAGUUCACAAACGGAGCGGCUGUCUGGAGACAAAUUAAAGCUCAGCAAAUUUCCUCCUGCGGGUAAUACACCUACCAUUGACAAGUGGCUUAUUACCACACUUAAAAAACCUACCCCUUUAAAGCAGCAUAAAUUAACUUAUGUCAAACUGACUUUUAUGGAUAGAUGAAAAAAUAUGAGAGAACAAACUGUCAAGGAGACUGACUCUGGUGUGGUAUAUGAACACAAAGAAGUAUUAAAACAGUUUGACGGUCUAUAGUAGUUUUGCAGUGAGAUUUUGUCAUGCAGUGUUCCUUAAAGUUGUGGAUCAACUCCUGUUAUUUAAAACCUGUUAUAAAAGUCUUUUUCUUAAUUUUAUUUCAUAGUUUACAUUUAUCUCGUGUUUGUGUUAAUGUCAGCCACCUGCUUCUGGCAGUAAAAACCGUUAGCUCAUCUGUUUUUGUUCUGAGUGAUCUCAGAAUAUCAGAAGUCAUGAACUUUAAUGUUUCCACAGACUAUUCCCAUGAGGGGGAUAAUCUCUGUGUUCAUUUUUUCAUAAAGCCAAAGCCUGCUUUAUAUAGGAUGAUAUUCAGUUUUCCUUGGAGCAAAGUAUCACAUAGUUACACAAGUUAGUUGUAGCUAUAUAGUGUUUGAUGUUAAGUGACAACUGAUGAACAAAGGCAGCUUAGUUCUUUAUUUCUAUGUUUAAAAUGAUGUAUGGAUUCCUUAGAGGUCUAAAGUAAUGUCCUUGUUCAGAAAAAAAAGGAUAGAUUUGCUUAAAUUUCAGCUCUGAAGUGUGUGUGUGUGUGUGUGUGUGGGGGGGGGGGGGGGGUUGAAGGUUAGGAAAAGAAGGCUGAAUCAACAUUUGGCGUUUCUUUCUGACCCCUCUCUCUUUUAUCCACUCCUCUCCAUGUCCUGAAAGACAGAAUAUCUAUGAAUUAUUUAUCUUUAUUUGAAAAUAUUAGACCUGAUAUCCUUGUUCUGUGUCUUAUCUCCAAGGGCAUCAUAAGACGCUAUAAAGAAAAAAUAAAAGGGAUAGUAAACAAAGUUGAAAAACAAGGUACACACCUACAUACAACAAAUGUUUUGAAAGACUUGAGCCUCAAUUACUUACAAGUAUCUUUCUCUCAUUCAUUUUUCUUUCAGUGGUUAGGAGGAGUUUUACCAUCCUGUGGUCCUCCUAGAGAGAGUCCUCACUGUGUUCUGAAGUGGCUAAUUUUCUGAUAGUUUUAACCUGAACAUUAAAGUCCGGCUUUUAGGCUGGAUUAAAGAUAAGGGGAUAGUUAAGAUUGAGUUUGCAUUUAUCUUGCACGGCUAAAAACAGAAUCAAAGUGUCUGCAGGUUAACUAUGUCAAGUUGCCUUGUUAGCAGAGAUAGCACACUAACCUUUUCUCCUUAUGGCAGGCAACCUUAUGCCUGUGCUGGUUAUGCGUCACUUGAGUCUCUGUUUUUCCUUCUACUCUUAAACUGUGCCAUGCUAGAUGCCAUCUGUUAUAUGUGCCUGUUUACAUAGUAGAGUAUUAUGACAUUAUGGAAAUAGCCAUUAUCCAGAGCCAAGCAAAUGGUUGAUGACAAGCAAGGAUGACUUAUAUUUUGUUUAUAUAAUCAUUUUGGCAAUCUGUCCUGUUGGAGCCAAACAUCUAUUGUAUUAUGUAUCUGUUGAGAACUGGGGACCAAAGAAUGAUGUUGACCUCAGCUGUUGUUUAAGUACUUCCAGUAAACCUCCAUUAUGAUCUUGAAAAAGACCAUAUAUAUAUACAUAUAUCUGAAUUACAACAUUGGUUCCCCAAACUCUGACCAUAAAGGUCUCAUAAUCCAAACCAAGUCAUGUCUCUGCCUGAGUUUAACCAGACCUUCAUAUUAGUGGUUCAGGAUGCAAACCAGUCAGAUGAAUCAUGUCGUAGUCAAACCCUUAAGCUAUGGUAAACCUGAAAUAUAUAUAAGAUGAAUUUUGUAUUCUUUGCCAAAGUCAUCUUGUGAACCUUAAAGUAUAUUUCUGUACAGGGCUACAGUUACUGUUACUUUUCUGUCUCAUUUAAAUGAAUUCAAAGUUAUUUUUCAAGUUAAUACAGUGAAGGUAGUUAAGGGUUGAUUUUACAGUAUGGAGUUUUUUUUACUGGUUAUAAAAACAACAGGAACUGAGACUGAUGUGACUAUAUAGCCAACAUCAGCAAACCAGACUAUCACAAAAAAAAAAAUAUAUAUAUAUACAUAUGUAGUUUGGUUUUUUUUUUUGUUUGUUUGUUUGUUUUUUUCUGUUUAGUUAUUUACUCUGUCUCUAAGGGCUGCCAUUGGGUAGGUGUCAGAUAAAGAGAGUUACAGCAUAAUAUUGUGACAGCCUUUGUUUAUUAUGGAUUAUUUAUUUAUUUAUUUACAUCAUUUGACUGUUUGAGCCUGAGAAAUUAGGCUUUUCAUUAUAAAAUACCACCCGCACAUAAAAAGAUCAAAGUCAGCAAAGAGAGUGUAGCUUUGUCGUUGAAUAUGUAGGGGGGGUGAGGUGAUAAUGCAAAUUAGAAUCAUAACCACGUCAGGGUCUUGACUCAAUCUGUAGGGAUCCUACUUCUCACACCCACACACUCAUAUAAUCCUGUGUAUUAACCUGCUGCAAAUGAAAGAUAGAAAUAGGUUAACUCUCAGUCUUGAUUUUAACUUGCUUUAAUUGUUUUAAAAAUUAAUUAUCUAUGCUGCUAAAAAAAAAUUGUCCUUCUGAUUUGUCAGCUGGUACCACUACCAAAGCCCUGAACUUGUUGCAUUAUUUUACAUCUGUUACUAUUUCUUCACAUUUUUCCUCCUCCAGUCUCUUUUCUCUGAUGGUGUCUGGUCAGCUGUUGCUCAAGUCUUAACUUUGUUUCUCUCUAAAUAAAUUAAGAGCCGUAACAAUGUGUGUCCUCCAUGUUUUUUAAAGUUUUUUUCCAGCUUUGUCAAUAAGAAGAGGUGAAAAUAUAAACUUUAUGAAUAUUGAUUUGAUAUGAUGUGUGGGAUCUGGUUGUCCCUGACGUUGCUCUUGCUUUUCGGGAUUAACAACCAUUAUCAGGGAGGAUUUGAUCAGUCACAGUCAAGUAUCAAACUCAGCGGGAUAAUUUGUAAGAAUAAUUCAGUAAUAUUAUUAAUCAUUUUGUUCUGUUAAAAAACAAAAGAAUUUCCAAUUUUAAACCACAGAUAACAAGAAAAAAGUUAAAGCUUAAACACAACAGGCUUGAAUCAGGGUAACUGUGUCAUCAUUAUUACUGGCGAUUUUUUUCCUGUCGAUGAACAAACCAACUAGUUGACUUUUUAUCUUUAACAUGAGUACACCCCCUUCACCAAGGCUCUGGGUGUUAGCGGGGAUCUUUCAGCAUUUCUGCUGCCUCUCUUGUCCUCUGUGUUUUUGUUGGAGGGGAACUGUCAAACUCCCCAGUUCAUCUAACCAAGGGUAAAAUCCUUUCAUUCCUUAUGAUUUGUACAGUCAAUUUCAGUUUUAUUACCAGUUAUUGAUGCACAAACAAGAAAGAUUUGUUUAUAUUUGUCAUAAAAUCCAACCUGCGUAUGCUUGUUAACAGUAAUAACAAAUGACAACAGUAUUAGACAAUGAAGAAAUAAACACUUACCAAACCUUUAUCAUGGGGAAAGGAGUUGUCAGUGAUAAUAAUUCUGAACAAGCACUGAGCAAGGAGGGUGAGAGUUAUAGCAAUGAAAAAAUAGCACAUCACCCCCUGACAGUAAACAUACUCCUCUGUAUUAUUAUUAUGAUUAUUUUCCCCCUAAUGAUAGUGCACAUUAUGAGACUUUUAUCCUAUCUUCAAGCACCAGUUCUCGCCAGUGAGGACAUUGUAGCUGUUCCUCAUCGUUUCUUGCCAUUUGUUUGCUAAAAGUAUUUGUUUGCAAGAUGAAUUGCUGCUCUGGCAGGCGAGAUGACAGCAUACACUACGAUGAUAUUGAAUUGAUUUCUGAAAUGUUGCAGAACGGGACUGGUUGAUGUGUACCACGAGACAUGAAUAAUAAAAAUUCUAUUAAAAAGCUCUUGAAUGGCUGACACUGGAAUAUUAUUUGUGAUGAUUAAUUUUCUUCAGUCAUUAUAAAGGGGAGUUGGCAUCAGAUUGCCUCUGACAAAAUUGCUUUUCAUUCCCUGGUGAAUACCCUUAGUAUGCUUUUUUGGAGCACAAAACUAUAUUUCUCUGCGCAAUAUUAUGUCAAGACAGGCUGGGAAAAGACAAGCACAGGCUCUGCUCGUGCAUCACCUUAUUAGUGCUAUAAAAUCUGUAAGGUUUAACCGGGUUUGGGUGUGUUGGAUACAUUUCAUAAUGAGGGAUGCAAGCUUUGUUUACUCUGGCUUCUCUGUUUCUUUAAAAGAAAACAGAUUGGAAUUAUAAUUACAAGAUUACAAUAUAGCCACUAAGUGAGUAUCAAUGGUGUUUUUCCACGUAAUGAAUUUGAUUAAGUGUAUUUUAAAGGCACGCAGGCUGACAGUUUGUUGCUUUAAAGCUGUCAAGAUUUCUGAAGCAAAUGACUCUGUACAGCAGCUGUUGUUGUCGAACUAAUUAAUUUGCCGUGUACUUUUGUGUUAAAUUAAUUCUUUACACUUUUGCAAGCCCAACCAUUUGCAUUUCUAAUUAUUUUUAUUUCCAGCAAAACAGCCUGAAUCAGCUGCUGCGGCUCAGCGUCUGCUGCAAACAAAUAUCUAAAAAACAAAAGUCAACAGGUGCAUUUAAAAGCCAAUUAUGAAGCUUUUUAAUUACUAUGUAAAGUCCUUUGUUUCCUGUUUUCUCUCUCGGGCUGCUAAAGAACUUAAGUUUGCAAUUUAAAUGUUAUAUAAAAAUUAAAAAGAUAAUUGCAUGAUUGGUACUGCUUGGGAUUUUAAGUUUUGAGUAUUUUUAUUUAAUUUAAUUAUUUAUUGUAUUUUAUUUAUUUUUUUAUUUUUUAUUUAUUUUUAUUUUUUAUUUUUAUUUAUUUAUUUAUUUAUUUUUUUGGGGGGGGUCCUAUGCAUUCCUUCCUCCCCAAAGACAUGCAAAUCAAUGUUGUGAAGCAAUAGACUCCAAAUUGUCCAUUCAGAGAGAAUAUGGGUAUCUGUCAUUUCCCCCAUGUUUCCUUUUAUUCUUAAAUGUUCAAAAACCAAAACAACUAUUUAGAUUAUCUAAGACUUUUUGAGAACAGAGUCUUUGUUCCAUCUUUUUCCAAAACUUGAUCACUUACCUUUCUUUACCUUUGCAGAGCUACUCCAGUCAGGGCAGAGGAAACAGUGGAGGGGGAGGAGGAGCAGGCGAUGAAGACUAUGAGAUCCCCCCCAUUACUCCCCCCAACCAUGCCGACCCCUCUCUGCUGCACCUCAUGGAGCACGAGUCAGGUUAUCCUUUCCACUCUCUGCCUCACAAUGGCCUGCUCAACACCUACUCCUACCCUGAGCUGCCCGCCCUCAUGAUGUCCAACAUGCUGGGUCAGGACACCCACCUCCUCACGGGGCCCAUGCACUCGGUGAGUGCACUUUUCUUUUUUCUUUUUCAUCUGUCCCUUUUUUUUUAGCUACAGCCCUUUGUGAACAUGUGAGUCAAGCGCUGUGGUAGGCUAUUAGUCUCUGUGGUCAGAGGUCUGGAAGUCAGCACACAGAACAUUUUCUCUGAAGGCUUAACAUGUUGGUGUCACAGAGAGUUCAGUCUUUUCAAAAUGUUGCCAAAAAAUAUUGAUCUCAUGAGACUCCACUCUAGCAAUGAAGUCUUUUAAACGGCAAUAAAGCGGCAAAAAUGACAAAUUCUUCUCUGUGCCGUUCUUAAUAGUCUCAGAUAAUUCUUUCAUUAUAGCAAAGUGCUCUUUUAUUAGAGUGAUAAUUAGGCCAGUUAGAGGCCAAGGAAGCUGAGACAGUGAAGUCGGAGCAAAGCUAGAGUCUGUACAUGCAACAUUUAUAAAUACAGAGAGCUGCUGCCUCUUUAACACGCAGACCUUUGCAGCAGAGCUCCUUUAAUAUCUAUUCAGCUGCAAAACUCAAACAUUUCAUUGCCUGAAAGUGAGCUAAGAGAGGGAGCGGGUAACUGGCUGCUACACAUUAAUGUUGGUCAUGAUCAGCAAAGCAAAAGAGGAAAAGGAGAGGAAAGACGGGGUUUGAAAGGAAAAUCUUGAGGUGGUGGGGGAGUAUCCCUCGUCAGCUACUUCUUAUUUUCAAAAGGGUACUCAGGACCCCCUUUCCCCUCUCCAGUAAAGGGACUUUUUCUUGUGUUAAACACGCUUCAGACCGAACAUGUAAACACCCCUGGCUAACACAUUCAAAUGCUUUAAUCAUGGGAUCGAACCAGAUGAAUUAUAGAUGGCCUGUGUGGUGAAUUAUUCAACGUUAUAUACUUUCAUCUGACAUAAAUAUUACUUUUUUUUCUCUCUGCCCUCCAUCAUGAAUAUUUAUGCUUUAAUGUGAGCAUCCGUGGCAUUUAUCCUCCGUUAAUCAGGUCUUAUGUGAUUUUCAGAAUCAAACUGCAUAAGUUGCAGGCUCCAUUUUUUUCCGUGGGUGGUAGCUAAGGCCUCCAUUAAAGCCAGUCUUCAGGAUUAGGUCACAAUCCAUGGAGAGUGUGCUGAAUAUGCUGGGUGCAGGAGAAAGAUUCUGCCAUCGGGAACAUUGAGAGUUGAUUUGCUUUUUUAUGUGGAUGGCUGCUUUAACAAAUCCUAUAAAAUCAUUUUAAUGGGUUAUUCCAGUUGAUGACUCACAUUUAAACUGUGUUCCUGGAUGCCUUUUUGCAUUAUGCAGCAAAAAAGUUCAUGUGAUAUGCAUUCAAAAGUAUUUGUAACAAAGCAGCCCCUUUUGGCCAACAGCAUUUAAAAAGGAAAGAGAGAGGGAGUGCCUGUGUCUUAAACAGCUUUUGUUUCACCUUUGCAAUUAUUUAUUCUCAAAUAGCCCUUCAGGGUAAUGUUCCAUUUUCUUAUUUCACACCCCCUUUUCUCAUAAAUGAACCGUCAUUGCAAUAAAUCACUGCACAAACAGAGACUUGCACACACUGUGAAAGGUCCAGAGAUUUAUGUAACACAUUCAUGUUUCCCACUUCCACAUUUUAGUACUACUCUAGCAGGGCCCGGCUAAUAAUAGCCGCUAUUAAUAUUUCUUGUUGCCUAGCAACCCCUGCAAGUAAUAGCUUACUCUGGAAAAAUAGAUGACCGAUAAGGAAGAAGGAAGGUGGGGGCUGGUGGGGUUGGAGUGGGGGGAUUCAAUUCAUUUAUUAUCUCCUGGGACAAGAGGAGCUUAUUUCUGAGGCUGCUGAAUAAAAAAGUGGGCUGUAUAUUGAGAAAUAUUUUAAAGCAAUUGGAGAUGACGUUAUUUUCAUUUUGGAUUCAUUAGAGAUGUGUCAUUCCAUGUUUCCCCAACAAAGUCAAUUAACCUUAAUUUCAUACUGAUAAAGGUGUAAUAAGGAAGAUUGAAUCUCUUUCUGCUGAAUGCUUAAAGAAUAAUAGGGCUGAAUGGGAAUAGGCUUUCUGUGUAACCAGGAUCGGAAAUGAAGAGACAAGCCUUUAGCUUUGUUGUGUUGUAUUAACAAAAGCUUCCAAGACAAGUAUUGGAGGGGAUAGCUGGAAAACCAAAACGCUAAUCAUUCAACAGUCUUGUUUCACUGUUGUUGAAGAAGCAAAUAAAAAGUCAACAGCAUUACCUUAAGGAUACACAUCUCUUCAAUAAAAGCUAUCCUUCAGCACACAUAAAUCUCCUACAAGUACAAGCUCAGCUGGAGCAACAGAUAUGCUUCAUCUCAAGGGAUGUUGUUGCUGGUUUUUGUACAACAUUUAGCCUAGGGCUAAAGCUCUGUAAACUUCUCCCUGCUUUGGGAUUCUCUUUUUCAGCUCACAUCGAUCUUACUGCAAACACAGUUAAAUCAUUACAGGAUUGGAGCUGUGGAUUGGCCGUCAUCAUCAUGCUGAAAAGGCACACCAUUUUCAACAAUUUGUCCUGGUGGCUUUGAAGUAUGUAAUAUAUGUGAAUUUCUUGUUGACUAUAUCACUAUAGUAUGAUUUCUGGCCCAAAUAACCACGCAUUCCUCUGCAAGAGCCUUAUAUUUUCUAGUAAAAUUUGUUCUUUCUGACAGCCUUUACUAUCCAAUUAUGGCUCCACAGGAAGCAGAAACAUUAGCUGGUAAAACAAAAGGAUGUGCAGCAGAUGGAAGAAAACAGGUGUCAAACAUUGUGUCAGGGAAAGUUUAGAGCUGUAACAUUUGAUGAACAUUGAGGGUUUUUUUUCUUUUUCAAUUUUCAAAUGGCAUUUAAAGUCCUGUGUUUAGUUUUACAGUUCUCUCUUCUGCAGUCACGUUGUUCAUAAUAGUCUUAACAGCCUGUUUUGAGCCAUUUGUCAAACUUGAAAUUGCACCACUUUUGAAAAACUCCAAUAAGCAGCAGGAUCAACAUCAAGUUAUAAAUGGCUGAGCUGUCAAUCAGAAAUGCUUCUAUAUUCUUUUAACUCCUCCCCAUAGCACUGACCUACCCGUCCGUUUCUGUAAGUCAAGACAAAAAGGGGCUGAGUCUUGGAUGACUGCAGACUGUAAAAUGUAGUAUGCCUUAGAGUGGAUGCUUAUCGCUGAGGGAGACUCCCUGUCUCACCCCAAGCUGUCAGCGUUUCUGUCACCCUUGUGCCUCAGGAAGACGUGGCACCCGAGGGUCUCAUGUUCAACAAGCCCCCUGAUCGUUGGGGUCUGGCUGAGCUACAUGAAGAGGGGAUAGGUGAAUGAGAUCUUGCUCUUUGAAAAAAAUUAAAGGAAACUCACCAGCAGGCAGUAAUGAGAGGUCAUGGAGGAGUUUGCCAACCAGGCCCAACACAGAUCCUCAAGGGCAUCUAGUACACUUAAAUAUUGAAACACAAGCUCCUGCCUCAUUAUCGGUCUGACAAAGCUGAUGGGGUGUGUGUGUGUGUGGGGAGGGGCACCCCUGCAAUGACAAAAAAGUAGCUGCCAGUUCUACCAAUUUAUAAUACAUGAUCAUAUUUUGGUUGUUGAAAUGUAACGUGAUUCUUGUGUAGUAUUUUUGAAGGAAGAGUGAGGUGCUGCCAGCAAGUGAUCCUUUAUGUUGUGUUUUGUUGAAUUAGUAGCAGUAACCAUUGAGUUUUGAACUGAUUUGGAGUCUUUGUGUCUGCUAAAUUCAGUUUUCUUUAAGUCCUGAUUUUCACAGUCAGCAUCAACACUGAGAUUGGGCUGAUGAUUUGUUGUUUACAAACAACCUGAGCCUAAAAGCCAGCUGUUGUGUGUGAAUAAUUCCAUGAAGACCUGAAGGAGUUCUUGCUGAGCCAAAUAAGCCUGAAUUGCCAACACUAGGGCCAUUUACACUGAGGUAGACUACCUGAGACGAAGGAUCCAAACUUGAUAUGGAACAAUGGAUAGCAGACAGUUUGAGCAAGAACAUGUGGUGCCGUAUAGCAAAGCUAUAGAAACAGGACCACACCUCAAUGGCCAAUCUUGCAGGACUUUUAAUAGAGAUUCUAUGGUUGUUCAUGCUGGUGGCACCUCCAUGGCAACAAAUUCUCAUCAGCCUUCGACUUAUUGACAUUUUACUAAGUUGUAAUUACUUUCCUAUAUGUCUAGCAAUAUUACAAAAACUAAGGCAUUUGUCAAAAGAAUGUGAGUUGGUAUGUUUAAUAGAAAAUAAAUAAAUAAAAAACUAGUUAAAAAACUGAGCCAUAUUCUCUAUAAGACCCUGAAAUGUUUUGCAUUGAUAAAUUGUGUGUUUUGCCAUGUGCAGCAUGUUCAGCUGUGGUGCAUUGCAGUGGUCCAAGUGUGUUUACUGGGCGUGUAUGUACACUUUUAUUUAGUGGAUCAGUGUUUUCAUCUGUUAUUGGAAAUUUGUUUUGCAUCACUUGACAUUCAGGACACCAGGGGAGAGGCUGUAUCUGUUUUGAUGCAUUGACAUUAAAACUGUAUUGACAGCUGUAGUUAUUGACAGUGUUAGGACAGAUGGAUGGAGACCUAUUAAACAGGUCUAAGUAAGAAUAUCAUUGUCCACAAACCUGUGUUGUAAAUCAUCUUAGACAAGAAAUAUUCAGACCAUGAUUCUCUGGAAUGUAGAAAAGAAGAAAAGUCAUUUUAAGUAAAUGAAAGUCGACAUCAUGUGUUUGUUUGAAACUUUGGGAUCACCUUUUCAGACUACACAGCCCUUCUUCUGUAUAGAAGAUUUAUAUCUAAUGAAAAAAUCUAAAGAGAAAAAACCUAAUCUUAUAAAACCAUCACUCAAAAUUGCAGUUUGACUUGACUUCAUACGCUCAGUGCAGCUGGAUUACUUGUGUUUUUAUAAAUUGAAACACCAAUCUUUUUUCCAGUGUUGGUUUGAGACAUAUCUCAUAUGACCUGCUUGCUCUGCUGCUUUUCACUGGGAUAGAUAUGACAUCUCAGUGACGUUCCCAGAUAAAUCACUGUUUGUAACAGAAGAAAUGUUUUCUGUUACAGCUUUUCAUUCCACAAAAAGACGGAUGCCCUUCAGUGCUACCCUCCACCACAGGGGUGAACAAUGUGUCUUGUAGUUGUCAAGAGAAAUGACAGCGAGAUAAUUGGUGGGGCACUCCCGUUUCCUUUAAACUGAAACAAAUAGGCUUCCAAAGAGAAGUGUGCUUUUAAAAAGUAAAGCUUUGUUUUUGCCGCUUAUCAUGCAGCAUUCACAUUCAAGUAAUGAAGAAGAGUAUUAACGGAUUGAGCAUUAAAAACAAAUGCUCAUUCAUUUCACUUCAUGAAUAUUCAUGGCACUAAUUCAAAUAACCUUAGGCGACUGUUACGACUAAUGAAUAUUUAAAACAGCUUGGUCACACAGAUUUGAACAUUGCAUUACAGCUGACUUUCUGGGAUCAUCAUGAACAAGGGUAAACAAUUAGGAAAAGCAAAAACAGCUUUCAGUGGUGAUCAAAACACAUCUGGGAAACAAUAUCUCAUGUUGUCACAUUAGUUACAGGCCAUUGACGCUCCAGAGGAGAUGGCAUGCAAGAGGACGGCAAGGUUAAGAGUCAGCAGCAAUCAUAACUGGAAGUUUAUGUCGUUAUUCGCUAAUGAAACAACUGCAAAAGUUGAGCAAAAAAAAAAGGGGGGCAAAAUUUAUCUUCUUAAAUUUAGUCCUAAAAGGAGUCCUUAGUUGUCUUGUUUGGUGCUUAUACUCUGAAAGAGUUUUUAAAAACUAAAUAAAUAAACAAGGACCUUUUAGAGCAAGUGUUAAGUUCACUGCUAAUGUUUACACCUACUGUGCCACCCUGGAUCAUAAAAAGUCGACACUUUACGAAGCUGUGAGCAGGAGAACCCUAUACUGCCCACUCCAAAGGGGACCUCUGCUGUUUCCUCUGAGGGAUCAGCGCGGCGACUCGUCCUCCUCGCCACCACCGCAACGCUAAUUAGGCCCACCACAAAGCCAGCCUGUGGGGAUAAUGUCCCAUUAUUAGAGUCAUUUGUUUCAAUUAACCGCUCUGUGAUUCUACAAUAGCACAGCGCAGCCCAGUGCAAAAAAGCCAUUACUCUCGCCCAAGGAACCACUGGGGUUUGGGACGGCAGUGUUUGUAGGAGAGGUUACAGAUACCUGCUGCCUGCCAGCGGUAGUGCUGUCUGGCUCCACUUACCGCACAGUCACUGCUGAGCUGUUUCAGUACAGCAAAAAAGUCCUUAUUCACAUAUUUCCUGAGCUUUUACAGACAGAUAUUGGCUUUGUUGCCUCUGAGAAUUCGAAGUGUUUGUUCUUGUGUGCUUCAGUGGAAGCUGCUCAAAGAUUAGUUUGAGGGAUUGUUGACUUGAGCUUGGACCGCAGAGAACUACAGGCUGUCUUAACUCCCUUUUACAUGCCCAGACCAUUGUGGUUGACUGAAUUACUGCUCUGCUAAUGUGUACUUAUGCUGUUUUGGUCUUUUUUAGACUGCAAUCAGGUUCCUUUCAGAGCUUUUUUGGGGCACAGGGCCCUUUUUCUUUCUUCAUCUCAUGCUUUACUUUGUUAACUCAAAAUAUUUUGCCCUGAAUUUUUGGAGUUUUACUUUCGUAUUUUUUUUUUCAUCUCUUUAGAGGACAAAGACAGAGAAGAUAUGGGACCUGUGAAUUAAAAACAACUCCAGUGGCAGGAACCAGCUACCUCUGAUAAAGCUGUUUGUACUGUUUUGCCCUUGCAAACUGCCUUCUGUUGGACACAGCUGGAGGCUGAAUGAACCGACUGCUUGCAGGUUGCAUAAGGGAGAGUUUAAAAGAUUAUGGAGAGAUUUUGUGGCUGGUAUAAGAAGUAUGACAAAAAAAAACAGUUGACAAUCUCAAUGUCAGUUCACUCUUUCCUGGUCAUUUGCAUUUUGUUUUAUCAGCCACAAGCUUCACUGUAUGCUGCCUCGAUGUCUUUGAGCACUUAAAAGCAGCAGUACAAAGAGGCUUAUCAACUUCAAAUGCUUCCGAAUACAAUAUUUCAGAGCACUUUUUAGGUCCUUUCAACAGUAGAUAAUGGAAACUUCGAUUGUUACCAAGAGGUUGCUGCCCUGUGAUGCCUCUGUUGCCAGGCUCUCUCAUUGGCUUUCUCCCCCUGCUGUGCAGAUGUUUACAAAGAGACAUCACCAGCUCACAUUAAAGGGUUCAAGUUGUCCCCUCCGGCAGUUGCUAUGGAAAUAACCCGGCUACGGUCGCUCAUUCAUGUUUGAUUAAUUGUUUUUUCCUUUCCACGCUGUUGCCUUUACAAAGACCUCAUCAUUGGAACAUUUCAUCUUGAAAACAAACAAUAGAAGAGGAUGAAUACAUCCAAAUCUGUUUUAUUCAUUUUUCCUGCUUUGUGGACAUUGUGUGGAUGUUCUGUGGUGAUAUAAGUCUUCAAAAUUGUAUCAAUCUUGUAUUAAUCUUGAUAAAAUCUUGCCUGUGAAGCCUUACAAUCAUUAAGACUAUUUUUAUUUCUUUUCCCAGACUUACCUGGUCUGAAGAUAAGCAUUUUCUCUUUUUUCCCUCCUCCUAAAUUGCAGUGUGUAGUGCUGAGCUACAGCAACCCACUGGGGCCAAUUAGGAUGCCAGCAGAGCCAGGAAGUGCAUAGCAGAUGCUUUUGCCACUAUUUAUUAAAAUCCAAUCUGCGGGGGCCCCUCCAACAGCUCGUUAAACUACCGUUAAUCUAAUUAGCUCUCACUUGCCACUGUUUUCACCACAUUACCAAAUACAAGGGCCUCGACUUUGCAAUUUAGACUGAUUGAGUAGGUCCAGCGCUGUUAGGCAAAGCAUGUAGGGGAGGAGCUGCUGAGGGAUGUCAGUCAUGUUUCCCAGGCAGAUAAAUCAUGCAGCUUAGGCUUUAGACUUGAGUUUGAAUUAAAAUAUCUGCAAUGGGAAUACUGGUCGAAAUCCAAUCCACUUUGCCUGCUCAGUAGUGCAAGCCUGCAUGUCUGAAACUCUGCUGAAAUACCCCACAUCUUAAAGACCUUGAAUAUUUGCAAUGGCACACUAUCAGAACUAGAUACAAAUUCCAUAAUAGGUUUAGUGUGGAUCAGGUCUGUCCGAGUCUCUCUGAUGUCCUUUCAUGUCUGUUAGAUCCUGACCAUGAUUCUGCACUUCCGGUUCAUUAUUGUUUGGGCUGGGCUGUAUUUUUUAUUUGAUGAGUGCAGCUCUCUGGACAAGUGCCUGCUUCUACUCAGAGAUCUAUGCAGCCGCUUUGACAUGCAGUCCUGCUCAUUGCUUACAGAUGGUCUGUCUGACAUGGAGCUGUAAUAGCUUCCAGAUGACAAGAGCGCUGUAUAUAUUUUAAGACAUAUCAUAAUUCAUCAAGACUUCAUGUUGAACUAUGGGAGUACUUCACCAAAACAGAUAUGUAGAAUUUAUAGCAACCUGUAGUUUGACUAUUACACAUUUUGAGAUAUUUAAACAGGAUGUAAGAAAGUAUUUUAACAAGCAUCUUGUGUUUUGGCUUCCAUCAGCUUUAGUUUAUAUGCAGCAGAAAUUCUUGAAUCUCAAACAGCUUUGUUUACAUUCUCAGUCUUCCUGCCAACUUUUUUAAGGCCACAAUCUCUAUAGCAUUACAAAAAGGGGCACUUUGAAAUGCAAGGUGAAACCAACAUCUAAAUGCAUGAAACAUAAACCAAAAUGUGAUCCCACAUGAUCCUUCACCCUCAUUAUGGAAACUUAACAAAGACUUGCUUUCUCUCACCCAAAACAAACUCCUUUGCUGGUUCUAUAAUCAUCUGAUCAUACAUUUUAAGCUCGGAUUGUCACCUGAAAAAACAUUUAUCAUACUCUUCUCUUACAAGAUGUAGAAAACAACUGGAACUAUAUGGAUUAUACUAUUGACAAACCUGCUGACUUUGUAGCCCCUUAAAAAAUCCUUGUUCCAGUAUUUCUGUUGUAAUACACAACCUUCAGGAGUCCACUUUUAUCCUUGAGGCUGUGAGUUACAGCUGGUGAAAAAUUCAUAAAAAUUAUAUACGGCAUCUUGAAAUUACAUUAUUCUCACUGCUGCUUCUCUAAGUAUGGCCAUUUAUCUAUUUAUAAACCCACAAAGGCUUAGGGUGUGUAACAGCUGCACUAAGCUGAGCUGCUCUUCAGUAUGCUGCUGGAGAGGACCUUCACUGCAGAGGAGAUAUACUCCACUCUGCCAUGUGCACAGUUUAUCACACAAUAUUGUUUGAUUUCUGUGGUCAGCUCCUUAAAUUCUAUGGUAUGAUCAUUAAUUUAAUAGGAUAGUGUGACUUGGAACAACUAGAGGUCAUGUGCCAUGGAUACUUUCAGAUUUAUCCUUUCAUCAGAGUCUUUCUUUAUAGUCUGUUAUCAUUUUUUUAAAUUCACCACAUGUAGCAUGUUCAAUUCUAUAUGUUUAGCAACAGUUUUAGGGGGUUGUAGGUUGUAGGUAGUGAUGAAACCGUCAACUAUAAUCGCUUUUCAUUUUUCCCCUGAGCAGCCAGACAUGUUUAGCACUGAUAUAGCUGGUGAAGUCAAAGAACUGAUGCGACACUUCUUUCACAAACCAAAACAUGAACCGAAAUCACAGAUAACAUGUCAAAGAUCCCCAGGGCUGGUUCAGUCCACAACAGAUCUAAUUACUGGUUACUGACAGGAAUGACCCGGGCUGAUCAGAACCAGGACAAUCUUUGGGCUGAGUUUAAAUGAAUCAUUAUUUGUUUUGAAUACCAUUCAGUACAAUGCUCUUAAGUGGCUUUUAGGUUUAAGCUAAGUGCUGAGUAAUGCUGAUGUGGUCUCCAGAAGUUUCAUAAUUAAUCUGCUGUCUUCAACAAUAAUUUCUCAGCAGUAUUUGUUUAUUUUUAAUUGCUGCUAAGAAAAGUUGUCCUGCAUCACUGAGGUGUUCAGGAUCAUUCAAACAUUUCCCUGCAGAAGAGUAGCACGUAAAAAUGAGACAAUCACGGGUUCUCUGUUGCUGUUUCCAAAGUGUUUAUAUCACAGUGAAAUCCAAUGCUUCGUAUAUUUUCCCAUUUUACAGUUGUUUGGCUUGAAAUCCAUUGAAGUGUAGUACACUUUAGCAGUGGCUGGCAUUCAGAUGUGAUGGAGUGCUGUGCUCAGUAUCUGCAUCAUGCUUUGGUGUAAUGAGCCUCACUGUAAAGAGAAAGCAUAUCAGUGCAUCACCUCUGAGUAGUUCCUGUUUGUUUUUAUGGCCUUUUGAAAUCGAUACGCCAUGCAGCACUUUCCACUUUGCUGUUCAGUGAUGAUGAUGAUGAUGAUGAUGAUGAUGAUGCAUAUACUCAGGAGGCUGUGAUUGGACAAACACUUUUAUACUCUCCUGUAUUAUCACCUGGUUUUAUUGUCUAAUUUUCAUGUCUCUUAAACUCUGACGGUCUCUGCGUGUUCACCCGUCCUUUUUUAACAACCCUCUCCUCUCCAUACCCCUCCCCCUUUUUUAUCUGCUCACUCUACAUCAAUUCUCUCUCUCUUCUUUGCAUCUCACACUCUUCACUCCUCUGUCACUCUUUCCCUCUAUGUCUCUCUGUGUUGUUUUGAUGGUGACGCAGUUAUCAGGCUGUCAAUUCUAAUCUUCUCUUGCCAGUGCAGUGCUAUCCAUUCAGAAUUACAGCUACCCCCUCCUCCUAUCCUCAGUCUCUCUCUACCCAAAUCCAACGCUACACCAUCUCUCUCUCUGUCUCUCUCUCUCACUCUCUCUCUCUUUUCUCAGACAACACAAACGCUGAUGAUGUGACACUAGAGUUCACCCGAUUGCAAGUAAAGUAGACACCUGCGUAGAAAAUAUAUGUGAGCUCUUUUGUUCUCUACAGUACAUGUAGAUUUACCGAGCAACAGUCAUGUUUUGUUUUUGGCAUAUGUUCACGUUCGAAUUAUGUCAAGUUGUGAUGAAAAAACAAUUAAAAAAAAUACAAGAUAUCACCUUUUACUGGGCAAAAUUCAAGUUUACACGUACAUUAUCAAUCCAGUUAGCUUCUCAGUCACAGUUGGAAGAACACGUGGAUCAUGUCAGGGAAUAUUAAAACUUGAAGUGUUUUCUGACAGCAGAGUAAAGCCUCUAAAAGUGUAUAUAAAUAAGUGUUGUAUCAGUGUUAUCUAGGUUGGUCUAAAUACACAUUUAGACCAACCUAGAUAUGUGGGUCAGAGUUUCUCUACUGAAAAAAAAAUCAAAUCUCAAUUCACAAAUAUAAAAGUUUAGAUUAAAUUGAAGCUCAAAACCUUUUUUUCGUGAAGACAAAAUCUGAGAGGAAGUCCUUGUAAAGCUGCAGAAUCAAAAAGCCGUUUUACACACUCGCCAUUUUCACAUCAACUCUUAAAAUGUAAGAAAUCUGUCGUACGAGACCACCAGAUAUGAAUCUCUCAGCUGACAGUGUCACAAUAUAGACCAGAAUGCAAUGCAGCCACAAGAUGUUGCGUUAUGAAUAAGGGAUGUGACCCUCUCUUUUUCCACACUGAAAACAACAGCUGUCAAAAUCAUUACGCUGCUCUGCACCUGCAUGAGAAAAGCACAGAGAAUGAGCUUCAUAUCAUAUAGUGGGUGCAUGGUGGAUAUUUGUUUAUCCACUCAAAAUCAUUUGUGAUGCCAGCUUAAACCACUCCUAUGAAAAUGUUUAUGAUGGGGGGGGGGGGUGAAUGUUCCCACAUUUGCAUAGCAUUAUAUAAAUAAAGCCACUCAAAUAAUCAUGAUGUUUGUUAUCUGAUAUCUGAACUUGUUAAAUCUGUAAAACCCCAGCAAAAAAUAAAAAUAAAAUAAAAUAAAACUUUUAAGAAACAAAAACAAUAAUAUUAUCAGUGGAGACUCAUGCCAGUCCAUUUGAUGAAAUUUUCAACUGAACAGAUGUUUGAGAUAUGAAUGUGUGAGCCAGACAGUUUUCUCUUCAUUCUGUGUUUUUUUUUUCCUGUCAGCUGUUGCCGAUAAAAAUGUGCAAAUAUUACUCUCAGAUCAAACCUAGUUACCUUGAGCUGAGCUUGAUCCAAUGUUCCUUUGUUUAGAUUAAAGGUUGAGCAAAAUUAAAUGUGGUGUGAUCAUCCUAAAUACGUCAUCAGAAAGAUUUUUAAUUGGUUUGCUCUAACCAAUGAAAGGCAUCCUUGUACAUGUCGUCAGUGUGUACCUAAGAGCAAAUAUGUCUUAUAAUGCAGUUUACUAUGUCCAAUUUCACAGUAAGCUGAAUCUCUUGAGGUAUUCUAAGCCAUCUUUAUUCACUGUCUGUCAUCUAUGUUCUUUCAAUAAUAUUUCUUUUUGUCUGUCGGCUUGCAGUAAGUUCCUAAACAUGAAUCUCAUGCAAUAAGAGAGGAGAUGAAUAAAGCAAUGGAAGAAAAUGCCCCUUGUUCUCCUGGUUGAUUGUAUGUAGCUGCGAGCUGUUGAGUGUCAUCACUCUUUCAGCUGCAUGAAUACAUGUGAAUUUUCCUGGAGAUUAUUUAGCCCUCUCUCUUUUUUUUCUAUUUUGUCAUUCCAUUAGCUCUACCUCCAGUUUAUUCUAUUUUCACUUCAAAGGCUCGGGUGGAACAGAUGUCGUUUCAAAUGCCUGUCUUCUGCCUCAUUGCCUAAAAGUGAGGGAUGAUUAUUUUUUAAUGAAACCAGGCGCACUCACACACACACACACACAAAAAUGAAUAUUACCUGUAAGCUGUGAAAUAGACAAGCAAUACUUUCACAUCAGCCUGAAUGAAAACAUCCAUUCAUUUCCGCACAGCACAAAAGCCAUUUUGAAGUUUUUCUUCAGCUGCCAAAUGUGCUCCUGGACCUUGAAUUUUGAUUAGUUAAUUUCAUGCUGUGUGAAAUACAGUGUGUUGUUGGGCUGCGAAUGCUUUUUCUGAAACAAUGCAAUUUUCAAAGGCAGUCAUUUCCUGUUUUCCAAUUGACGGUUAAAGGGGGAAGCAUGGCUGUUGCUUAAUCCCAUGAUAAGUAUGCAUUAGAUGGGUUUGAGCGUCUUUAAAUGUCCUCAAGUUGCUGUUUGAUAUCCGCACAGGGACAAAUCUUUUUCACGGUUUGUUCUGCCUCCCUGCUGCGUUUUAACUCUGAAACGCAGGAUCAGUGGAUCAUGAAAGAGAACAGUCAAAGCUGUUUAAAAUUUCUAAAAUGCAACCUGAUGAUACAGGAAGUUGGCAUCAACGAUGGGCUCCUUUUGCCAAAGUAAAGGAGUUCACUUGACUACACUAACAGUGUUUGGGUAGCUCUCCAUAACCCCUCAACCGUAAAUAGAGCACAUAAACAUCCUUCAUUGCACAUAAUACCAAUCUAUAUCAUUAUAUAUUCAGUAUGCCAUUAUAUCUUCUAUUAUAUGGAUGGAAAUUGGAUUGUUUUUCAUGCCUUUAUAGCAACCAAGAAAUCAGGUUUACUGAUGUUCCACCGAUACUAAUGGCAACAUCAAGCCGUCACUUCUUCCUCCUUUAGUUGCACCUCUUCUCUCUUUCUCUCCUUAUCUUCCUCUCUUUCUCCCUCUCUCUCUUUCCACUCUUUUCCUCUGCCUCUCCCUCCCAUGCUUGAUGUGUUCUCUUCUCAGCAAAGAAGGCAAUUUCCAUAUAGAAUCACAACCAGGAUCAGGUGACCUGGAUUUGACUCCCCCGUCAAAGCCCUGCACGGAAAAUGAAAAUGUAUUCAUGUGUAUUGCAUAGAGUACAUCACACAGAUGUGAGCGCCUUUUUUGCCUCCUGAAAAUUCACUGAGAUUGCAGUAUGUUAUUGUUGACAGACCAGCUGGGUACAUGCUAUGAAAAAUAUAGAUUUAAUCCCUUUUUAUGGUUGCUUCAGGAAGUGGGAAUUGAAUUCUAUGCAAUCUACAUAAAGGAGACGAAAUAAAGACUGAAAGCAAAGCAGAAAAUAUCCAUGAAUCCGGGGAUUCAACCAAGUGAAAUCAUGUGAAUCUGCAACCAAUGAGAAUUUAAUUAGCCCAAAUCUCUCUCCCCUUAUCCUGUGUUUACUCAGUUCCUCCAACCUGCCCCCUUCCCCCCAAACACCCCAGAGGCUAACCUGUCUCACUGACGUCCUGUUAGUCUUCAUUCACCCAUGUCUGCAAAUUGAUCUGUUUUUGUCUUCUUAGAACAAGCUGCGGCUGCUCUUCGCAGAACUCCUCUGCCUCUGUCCAGCAGUGGUUAUAUGUUCUGUUCAGCUUUUUUCAUUUAUUUGGUGCACAGAUGUUAGUUUUGAUGUGAUAUAAAUACAUAACCUUUGCAAAAAGUACCUUAUUGUGUGAGUGCAUCAUAUGUGUAAAAACACCUAAAGACUCCUGAUAUAUGACCAACUAUGUCCUUUUUUUCUCUCUUCUCUUUUCUCUUUCUCCCCCUUCUUCUUUCGGCCUGUAGAUAAGCAAUGAGAAGCGGGCCUCAGCAGACAUGAUGAAGCCCAAACCUAAACCCCAAAAGAAAAAGAAGAAGAAGGACCCUAAUGAGCCACAGAAACCUGUGUCAGCCUACGCCCUGUUCUUCAGAGACACCCAGGCGGCCAUCAAGGGCCAAAACCCCAAUGCCACCUUUGGGGACGUGUCCAAGAUUGUGGCCUCCAUGUGGGACAGCCUAGGAGAGGAACAGAAGCAGGUAUAUAACAUGUGUUUCCCAUAUCUGAAAAUAAAGAGUGCAUCAGAAAACACAUUACAUUAACAGUCACCCACUGAGGGCUUUCCCUGACUUUAUGUGCUAUGUAAUUACCAGAACAUUUCUGUGAGAUACCGCUCACCUUAAUGAACUACUGUUUCCUCCUUCCAAAGAUAAUCCAUCCAUUUAUCCCCACUCCCCUGACUCUCAUAAAAAUGAUUUUCUUUCUAAAUUUAAUUCUUGCAAAGGAAAAGAGAAGAAGGGAAGGGGGAUUUUCAGUAUAACAGCAGCUAUAAAACAUUUGGAUACUAAGAAAGUUGGACAUUUAACAGGCUACAAAUUGUCAAUGUGGAAAAAAUAUAGAUACAUCUGGCAAGAUUUCAGGAGCAGAGAACUAAGAUAUUAUGCAGUAGGUAAAAACACUCAAACUUGUGAGCUUUAGUGCUCCCCUGAAUAAGGAAAGGAUCAGUUAUGAAUGCAAACACACAAACCCUUAUCAGUGCUCUUCUUCCCAAAAAGUUUCUCGUGGCUGUGCUGUGUCCAUUGAAACUAAAAAUGCAUUUCCAGAAAUAUAGCGGAAAAGGUACAAUAUAACAUUCUUUGCCAAAAACUUUAACUCCCACAAAGCUCCAGGCUCAGGUAAGGUCCACACUUCCUGUGUCCCUCCAGCCCCCGUAGCUGAUGCCUCCACACCAUGCAUCUUCAUUGGCCCUCUGACAAGCAAGGAUGUGUGAAGUUCUCAUUUCCUCUCUCUAUAUUUAUAUCUCUUGCCUGCUAUUUUGAUCCUGCCUAGAAUACAGAAUUAGUGAUCCACCCCCCACCUCCCCACCCCCCUCCACCCUCACUAUCGUCUUGUCCUUGGAUUUAGCUGAAGGGCAUCUCAGCUAUCCAGGAGGAGAAGUCUGUUGUUUUUGUUGCUGUUUAACUUCUUCUCCAGCUCAGAGGUAAUAGGUAGGAAAGGCUAAUGAUGACAGACUUAUAAGAGGUCUAAAUGUGUUGCCUCAUGGGUAUUCAACUCCAGGAGAAAGCACAGCUGUUAGCUUGUUUCACUAUUAGCAACUCUCUUGGGAUGGAGGAGGUUUACCUUUAAUAAAAGGUGCUGUGUAAUGACAGUGUUCUUGUGUAUGAUAGGCAUUUUUAAGCCCUGUGUCCCUCCAUUUGAGUUUUAGUUUAAAUGCUUUUUUGGUAAGAAUGGACAAUAUUGAAUUUUGGCCAGUAUCAAAAUAUGAUGAUAUUAUGAAACUCAUUUAGCAGAUACUGACGUGCACAUCUUUGUCACAUUUAAAGAACGCACUGUCUCUCCUGUACCAGACUUUGUUUUUUACUCUUGGAGUUUGUUUAUUUCAUGUGUAGAUAUGAAAAGAAGCAAAACAAAAUUUGAUUACAGCAUAAAUGAUACAUGCAAUGAUAAAAGUUAGAUUAGAUUAGAUACAACUUUAUUGAUCCUUAUGAUCACUUCUAAAUUUUUAGCUUUGUCAAAAAACUGAAGUAGAAGCUACUUACAGGUUUUCACCUGCACUUUUUAUUCUUAUUCUCAGAAACUCUUGGUGCCGUUCAGGAUGCUGGCUCAAUAGAUGCACGAUUUAACUGUUUGUGUUAAAGGAUGGUUCUCCUGCUCCCCCUAACAUAAUCUGUGUUUGACAAACAGUGCAGAAACCUAUUUUGCUGUCUGUUUUUAAAUGCUUCCAUACAACUCAAUGCAAGCUCUUAUUGUGUGCAUAUAACUAAUGUAUAGCUCUAUCAGCUGUACAUUCAUGGAAAGUUACACAUCUGCCUUUAUCAGUAUUUAACAUUUUAAUCUUUAUCAGCUGAUGCAGAUCUUAUAUUAAGUUGAUUAUAUAAUGCAUUCACAUUUACUGGUAGGUGCAUGUGUCUAAGCUAUAGAGCACUAAAAGCUAGCAUUAUAAAACUAAUGCUAACAAUUUCCUGGUAAAAAUGAUACUUUUGUGUGUUGUACACUUAAUUAUCUAAAAAACUUAAAUACUUUGUAGGUUUGGCUUUUUGCUUGACAAAAUUGUGUUUUUUAAGAAAAAACAUGUUGAUAUUAUAAAGAUUGAGACAUUCGAUAAAAGGUGAUCCAAAUCAAUGCUAAAAAUACACAAAAAAAAAUAUCUAUGUCUGUCUCUUGCGUCUAAGAACAACAAAAAGUACAAUGCAUGAAUACUUUGGUAAUACGGACAAAUAAACCUUGGUCUCUAUCUUCUUUUGCAUGAUAGGAGUGAUUUUACCUAAUGCUUUCAUAUCUAAUACCCCUACUUUCAUUCCCUCUGUAACACCCUUGACAGAAAAUACCUGCAUGCAAAAGCACACACACAAAAACAUUCAUAUGCACCCAUACUCUCUAUGCAAAUACUCUGCCUUCAUUUAGUAAUUUGACAGCAGAGGUUUGUGCAUAAAAGUAACAAUAUGGACGGCAGUUCAAAAACAAAACUCAUACACAGGCAGAGAUCACACCCUAAUGUGCCGAAUGACAACAGCCAUUGUGGUGUAUCACUAAUGUCAGUGUGCUGAUAGGAGUGUUAUUGUGGAGCUAAAAGGAGAGAGAGAGAAGUUCCAGUUCAUUUCUCUAGGUGGAUUGGAAUGGAAAUGAUGUGUUGCUACAAUAGAGGGAGACACAUUGAGAUGAGGGAGUUUUAGUGCUGUGAUGAGGAAAUAGAAGUGUUCUGUACCAUUGGUUCUGAUGGAAAGGGAAACAUUAAGGAAGUGUGUGUGUGGUGUGUGUGUGUGUGCGUGCAUGCUUGUGUGUGGAUGAUGUAUUUAAGGAAGUGUAAGAUAAAAAAGCCUGUGUGUAUGUGGGUGUUUGCUUGUAUGACAUGUGUGUCUGCACAUUUAUGAGCACGUCAAGCUCUCCUCUCACCUGAAGCCUCUUGUUUUGAUUUUUUUGUCUUCACAGGGCUACAAGAGGAAAACUGAGGCAGCCAAGAAAGAGUACCUGAAAGCCUUGGCCGCGUACCGAGCCAGUCUGGUUUCCAAGGUAACGCUUAUGACACACAGGCCCUGGCUUAGACUGAUGAUGGAUUGGAUGGAAAAUCCCUACUAAUGGGCAGGGAGGGGCGAGUUUAGAAUGAGGUGGAAGAGAAGUGGAGGUGGUAGUGGAGGAAGUGGGUGGAUGGGGGCAUCUGAUGCAAAACAAAAAAGAACCAGACAUAUUUGGAACAAUACCUGAUUUCCAUGGGGUGCAGAUGUUGGGGGGUUGGGGAUUGGAGUUGUUAUGGUGAUAUUAGUGGGGGAGGGGUCAGCCUAUAGGAGCACACAAGCAUGUGGCCAUAACAUCUAUUAGGGAUGGAGGAUGGAAAAUGAGUGCCUUCUCCUGCAAUGUACCUUGCAUUAGGUUAAAGUCUAUUUUGAAUGUAUCUGUUGAAAAAAAAUGCUCUUUAUAGGCACAAAAAGACAUUGUGUCAAGAGUUACAUCAGCGAUUUGCUCCAUUUCCAAUAGGAAGUACAUUGAAAUCAGUGUGAGCAAUCAAAGGCGUCACUGCUGUUUCCACCUCUGACACCUUCCUGCUAAUUCAGAUUUAUGACUUUCUCUUUGCCCUGUGAAUGAUGGCGUCUUGUAUGUACCAGCAUCACAGCGAGGGGAAUAAAGAAAGGCAAAGAGGAGGAGCUGUGGAUUGCAUUGUUUAGUGCCGUCUUGUAUUAACAACACUGAAUGUAGUGUGGGGAAGAUUCCUUUUGUCAUUCCAUUUGUUCUGCAGGCAAACAGCCUCAUUUCUCUGCCUGGGCCCCUGCAUAUAUGUGUGUGUGUGUGUGUGUGUGUGUGUGUGUGUGUGUGUGUGUGUGUGUGUGUGUGUGUGUGUGUGUGUGUGUGUGUGUGUGUGUGUGUGUGUGUUUGAGAGAGAGAGAGAGAGAGAGAGAGUGCACGUGUGACUCUCCUUUUCCCAUCUAUCUGUCAAGGUGUCUAUUGAUCAUUACCUCGGCCCCAGCUCUAUUCAUACAAAUGGGCUCCAUUACCUUCUAAUCAACACUGAUGGCUGGAGAUGAGCUAUCUGACAGCUCAUCAUAGGGGCCUAAGAGGGCGGGGCAGGGUGGAGGAUGGAGCGGGGUGUUUUGUGGGUGCUACAACUGUAAUGAGCGAUACUAUCCAAAAUCAAAGAAGGUCAAGUUUGGUGACUUUGUUGCAGUUUGGUGUUUGACCUUAAGGCAAUGCAACCUAGACCCUGUUAAUCCAUCUGCCAGCCUGUGAAGUGAUGUGUCAAUGCUAAAAGCUUCCAGGCUAAAGGUUGACUGAAAAUGAAUACAGCCUUAUUGUAAUGUGAGCAUGAAUAGGCUGAAAAAAUAAUUUCACAUAGAUUUGUCAGUGCAAAAAAGACCAGAAAUGUUCCUCCAAUACUUCUCUAAAUGUUUAUUAAAGUCCAAAAAUAACUUAUAAAGAAAAAGGAAAAAGGUAGGCUCCUGAAACAUCCUAGCUUAGCAAUUUGGCUAACUUGGCUAACCAGCAUUAAAAUAAGCCUCAAGUCAGCAAAAGCAUAGCUGCUUCUAUAGAUACAGGACAAGGUUUAAUAAAUUUGUCAAGUGUAAUGGAUGCUGCAACACAAAACUGCUAAAUGAAUGAUGAUUGAUGUGUUAUUGUGAUGCAAUGAAGGUUUUAGAGUUUAGAUAAAAUGUCAUGAAGUGAAAGUUGAUUAACAGUUGUUGUGAAUUUUGUUCUUCAACAGACUUAUAAUGACCCUGAACCAAAAAGUGCCCAGCAGACCAGCCAGCCCUCCCACAUGCUGCCCCCGAAGCAGCCUCUGUACAGUGUGCCCCCCCAGCCCUCCUCACCGUACCUGGGCCCACCCGGCUCCUUCCCACUGUCGGACCUCCAGAGCUAUGCGGGGCCACCCCGUCACACCCUGGCCCAGACCCUGAGCCAAUCCCAGAUGCUGCCGCCCAGCAUGAGUGCCUCUCCCCCGGCUCCCUUCCAGAUCAGCCCUCCUCUGCACCCCCACGCCCAGCUCUCCCUGCACCAGAGCUCCCUGCUCAACCAGCCAAUCCGCAUGCAGCAGUCACAGCCAAUCAUCUCACACCAAAUGGGGCUCCAGGCACCUCUGCACUCCCCUCCUCUCAGCCAACAGGUACGUCUGGCAGCCAUUAAAAAUGAUGAAACACAUGCUAAAGCUUUCCAUAUAAUCACCUCAUAAAAUGUGCGCAAAAUGUCAAGAUAUUAUCACCUGUACAGCAUUAAUAAUUACUUUUCAUUAUUGAUACUCCCUGAUAUAUAUUGUUCCUGUUUCAUGAGACCUUGGGCUGUAAUGUGUUUCUGACUGUGAUGCAAAUAUAGUUUUAGGCGAAGCUUUUGUUGGUUGCUCCUGUUUUCCAGUGAGGAAAACUUAUAAUGCAUUAUAAAUUACAGUCUUGUAAAACAGGUGUUUGAAUGACGAAGAACAAAACAAACCCAACAAGAAUAUUUUUGAAUCAGUUUGUUAAAUUGUCUUUUUAUAUCCAAAACUCAUAACAUAUAAAGUCAUAGAGCAGGUCCGGACUGUACUCUCUGUUGUAUAAUUUACACUGCAGAAACUCUAACCUGACUGAGUGUAUUUGUCUGGAGUCAAAAUGUCUCUUUACACUCAAUAUAAGUCAUUAUAAAAAACAUUUCUAUUAUCGGUUACUUGAAAAUAUUCCUUGCUGCAUUGGCAGCCAUCUUUGUUACAAUCAUUGAAGUCCUUACUUGACUUGUUUUAUUUUGAAAUAAUCUCAACUUGUUGGGUUAAUGUAAACUGAAGUUUGGUUAAUGCUUCUGUGUUGACCCCACACCAUAGCUACGCCGUUGUGGCCUUUGCCAUUGUGAUGACCUCAUACUAGAUUUUUAGUGUGUCUUUCCAUGUCGCUCAUUUUAAAGGAGCUGCAUGUUAGGCAAUGUACAUGGACUUCUGGAGAGCGACAGGGUUUCAUGUAGAUUCAAAGAUAUAUGAAUUACUGUGGAGUAAAACAAUACUCUGACUAGAAAUUACACAUUGACAAGUAUUUUCUGUAACAAUUCACUUUUUUACAAUUUGGAGAGAUCCAACAUAAGCCCAACUUUAAGCAAGUACUUGGCAAGAGUAACAGGGGAAAGCUUUUUUUAACAGGCAGAUACCUUGAACAGAACCAAAGUUAUUACUCAGCAGUCAUCCGCCACCACUUGAUGGGCAGAGAAAAUGGGAUAGAUAGACAUGCAAAAAAGAUACAGAUGGAUUAAGAAAGAACAAAAAACAACCACAGCAGAUAAUACAGACUUAUGCUGCACUGCCAAUUAAAGUCGUGAAAAUGUUUCGUAUGUGUUUCAAAACCCUUUUCUUGUAACAGACUUCUUUCCCCCUCUCUCACUGGGUGCCUCAGUUUUAGUAGGGUGUUCUCAUUUCAGUGUGAACAUGAGACCCUUUAAGGAAUGACAGUAAUGUCUGAGAAACUAAAGUUGUUUGAUGUCCUGCAGAAAGUGAUACAAACCACUGACAACAUUUGGCCAAUAUAAGACAAUAUAAUGAAAAAAACAUAAUUAUAAGUACAACCAUAAAAUCUUUUAUUCUCUCUCUCUUUUUUGCAUUUACAGGGAUUCUCCCACAUUCAGGCAGAUUACCAGAAUAGUGUUGGGGGCUCACAGUCUCCAGGGGCCCCUAACCCUGUCCACGGCCAGAACCCUGACUGGGACAGUGAGUACUGCAACAGGGAUUGUGGACCCAACCACUGCGGGUGAGCUCACCACAUCAGUCACCAUUUUUGUGUUGUGGGAUCUGUGGAUGCUGUGUGAAGGUCAUAGAAGGAAUCACAUCAAGUGAGGAUGAGAAAGACGGACCAAAAUAAAAACGUCUCUGCGUCUGUAAAUCCGAUCGGAGACGUUUGAUUGUUAGGAAUAGUAAGUAGCUGUCUGACAGUUACUCAUUUUCCAAAUGAGUUGCUCUGAACCACUUCACUUUCACACUCAGAGACUCCGACAGUAUUAAUCAUAAACUGUGAUUUCCCUACUAAAGCAGAGCAUCUCCUUGAAAUUGAAAUGAGUAACGCAGCAGUAGAACAAUGCUAUUAGCGAGCUUGGAAAAACUGUGACAUCCAAUUAAGUUUCCCUGUGUUUCGCUCAACACACAUUGCCUUAUUGAAUCAAGCUAUUCAAGCAGGAACAAGAGGAAUGUUGUUUCGUCUCACACCUGAAACUUGGUGUUGCUAUUCCGAGAGGCGGAAGUAUCUCCUGUAUUUAGAGCUGAUUCAUCUGGAUGUCAAAUGGGAUCAUGCCUGGGUCAAAUAACAUUUGAUGCCCUUUGAAGUAGAUUGCGUCUUUGCUUUAAACCCUCUCCCUCAGUGUCAGAUCAUUGUAGUUUGGAGUUUUGGAGGGUACUGAAUUAUUUCCAGCCUGUCAGUAAAGAUAACUGUAGAACAGACUUUGUAUUUGACAUUUCAAGUAUUAAGUGAUCUGCAAGUUCUGACUUGUAUUUUUUUGUUUUUUUCACUGAUUGUUGUCUGUUCUUUUAGAGCUUUUAUGUUUUUUUUAGCUGUUUUUAGAGACCGAUCUCCUUUGAAAGGCAUUUAUAAUCACUAGGAUUUCCUCGUGAAAUAAACAGAUGAAUUGUGUCAGAGCAUCAGCAUAUUAGCAUGUGUCAAAAACACACUAACACAGUUUCUUCUUCUUCUUCUUCUUCUUCUUCUUCUUCUUCUUCUUCUUCUUCUUCUUCAGCAGUGGCAUGGGAGCUCGGGACAAGCCUCUCUACCUCACUUGAAGUUGAAAGACCUCCAAAUGUCAGACUCCAGGGAGCUUUCCAACAACGUCAUCAAUUUAUCUGCUUCUACACCAUUUUGUUUUCUUUUUUCAAAUAUUUUUGUGAUGGAUUUUGAAAAUCCCAAAGACUGCUACAAUAAAUUCACCUAUUUGCCAAGCACUUAGAUCGGCCAGAAGCCUGAAGCACUUCUCUUGCUUUUUUUCCUAACCAGUGAACUUUCCAUUUUUUGCGGGGGCAGUGAGCUUUAAGCUCAUGCCAGCAUACUGGAAAUGAAGACCAAAAAAAAAAUGUCUUCUCAUUUUGUUUUGAAUUUUUUAAAGAUGCUUUUUGGCCCUUCACUCCAUUACUGUGUUUGCCAUGGACUGCCCUCAUUGGAGAGACAAAAUGCUGUAAGCAUACUCAAAGCAUAAGUGGCAGGGGUAAAAAAGCUAAUGCAAGAAACUAGAAUAAAGUCACCUCAGCAGGGAUGGAUGUAAAUCAGGACAUUCUGAAACAGCCCAACUGAGGCAAAGCAAGCAAAAUUUUUAAUGAAGAUAGUCACAAACACAUAAGACAUUUGUAAAUCAUCCUUGGCCCCGAUAAAGGACUCACUCAGUUCCUUUCUUCCUCACAGAGUGAUUGUAUAUAUCACCAAAAUGGAUCCCUCUUAUGUGUGUAUCUAGCUGCAGUCCCCUUGCUCUAUUUUUUUCAAACAUUCUUUUGUUUGGUUUUGUGAUUUCUGUGCAGGCGGAUUCAGUGAGGGAAUACACACUAAAAGUUGUGUUGAAACUGUGUUCACUGGUCUCUUUUCUCUUCAAACAAGAGAGAAACGCAAAGACUGAAAAUAUUUCCUCCUUACAUGGUGGAGCUCUGAUAGAGGGAGUCACUCUCUUCACAUGGCCUCAGGACGUUGCAGAACUGUAGAGGUCAAAGGUUGAUACCUCUCCUUUUAGCUCCUCCUCUUGUUCGACAAGGACCACCCCCACCUGUAACCCUGCCACCCUUCCCCCAUAGUCCCCCACACCACUUGUACAGGUGAAUAAAAAAAGUUGCUAAAUGUGAAAUGUUACUAAAGAAAAAAAACAUAACAGUGGGUUUUAAAGUUUUUGACUAGUUUUAUUAGGUGUUUUAGAAUUGUGUUGAACUCAUCUUAUCAUUUUUUGUGAAAAAGAAAAAAAAGAAUUCUGAAGCUAUUUUGUUUUGGUUUUUUUCACUGUAGCAGGAUCUGCAUUUCAGAGGAGCAGUCGUGGGGGUAGAAAUUUUGAUUUUGUGUAUAAACCUGCCAAAUGUACUUCUUUAAUUUGUAAAGCCAGUGAUGAGAGAACCAUUUUUUUUUUUGAAUAUCAUUUGUUUUACAAUACGUUCAUAAUAUUUAAUUUGGUUGCAGGUUUCACAUCUAUUUAUGAAUGAUAUGAAGUAACAUUUUGGCUUAUUUUCAUCAGGGUGCAUUAUUAUUAUUAUUAUUAUUAUUAUUAUUAUUAUUAUUAUUAUUAAUCAAACUCCAUGGUUAUUAUUAGAAUAAUAAAUAUUUUUUUAGAAAUGGUUGUUGGUGCACCACCCCUGUACCAGCUUUAGAUUCAUUUUGUGUCACGAUUACUUCUUUUGUUUUCUUUUGUCUGUAAUAAAAUGUUUAAAGUGGAAAAAUUGA